AUGGAGGGUUUAAGCUUCUCUAUGGGUUCAUUGGGGAUUUCCAAGACCGCUCUGCGCAUUCAAGGCUUCAGUGCAGCGGUUCUAGGGCUGAUGGUGUUGGUGACAAUGAUCACAGCAGGUUCACCUGCAGCAGGUAAGCAGACACAUCUCUCACAGACAACAUGAUCCACUGAUUUGUUCUGUGCAGUGUGCUGACGUAAUGUAACAACUCUAUACAGUUAUUAUGUAACAACCAUGGAUCAAUAAGGGUUUUGAAGCUAGGCCAUCUACUGUGUGUUAUUACACACAUAGCAUGUUAGUUUCCAGUCCUAUGUAAAAUUAUCUUAAAGAUAGCAAAAUUACGUUGCCACGAGCAGCACUGGAGAUAUUGAGAUGAGCGAGAUGCAACACUUCCCUCAUGUGCACUGGGACCAAAACGCUUUAACGCUCUUAGUUGUUGUGGAAAUUUACCCACUAUGCUGUUUACUUUAUGCAUCAAUGUCAUAUCGCUGAGUUUACCUUUAAUGUUUGAUAACUUCACAUAGGACUGGCAAGUAGCCUAUCCCUGACUGGUAACAGGUGGAAAAUCAACAGGUGGGAAAGGCUAUGGAAUGCGAUGUGGAAAUGUCAGUGUUUAUUUACCCUCCGUGGAAUAGCCUUUAUGUAUUUGCCAUAUUGACAACAGCCUUUUCAGUCAGUAAAAUAUCAAAAUCAAAUGUUAUUGGUCGCGUACACAUACAUUUAUAUUGCAGGUGUUAUCGCAGGUGCAGUGAAAUGCUUAUGUUUCUAGCUACAACAGUGCAGAAAUACGGAACAAGACAAAACAAUAUACACAAAUCCAAAACAUUUAAAUACAUUCAUUAAUAAAUAUCAGAACGAUCAAUGUCAGAGUCCGGAAUAUAAAUAUACAGUGGGGAGAACAAGUAUUUGAUACACUGCCGAUUUUUGCAGGUUUUCCUACUUACAAAGCAUGUAGAGGUCUGUAAUUUUUAUCAUAGAUACACUUCAACUGUGAGAGACGGAAUCUAAAACAAAAAUCCAGAGAAUCACAUUUGUAUGAUUUUUAAGUAAUUAAUUUGAAGUGUACCUAUGAUAAGAAUUACAGACCUCUACCUGCUUUGUAAGUAGGAAAACCUGCAAAAUCGGCAGUGUAUCAAAAACUUGUUCUCCCCACUGUAUACAGUGGGGGGGAAAAGGUAUUUAGUCAGCCACCAAUUGUGCAAGUUCUCCCACUUAAAAAGAUGAGAGGCCUGUAAUUUUCAUCAUAGGUACACGUCAACUAUGACAGACAAAAUGAGAGAAAAAAAUCCAGAAAAUCACAUUGUAGGAUUUUUAAUUAAUUUAUUUGCAUACAGUGCAUUCGGAAAGUAUUCAGACCCCUUUUUCCACAUUUUGUUACGUUACAGCUAUAAUCAAAAAUUGAUCAAAUUGUUUUUCCCCCUCAUCAAUCUACACACAAUACCCCAUAAUGACAAAGCAAAAACAGGUUUUAAAGAAUAGAAAUCUGAAAUAUCACAUUUACAUAAGUAUUCAGACCCUUUACUCAGUACUUUGUUGAAGCACCUUAGCAGCGAUUACAGCCUUGAGUCUUCUUGGAAAUGACGCUACAAGCUUGGCACACCUGUAUUUGGGGAGUUUCUCCCAUUUGUUCUCUGCAGAUCCUCUCAAGCUCUGUCUGUUUGGAUGGGGAGUGUUACUGCACAGCUAUUUUCAGGUCUCUCCAGAGAUGUUCGAUCGGGUUCAAGUCCGGGUUCUGGCUGGGGCACUCAACGACAUUCAGAGACUUGUCCAGAAGCCACUCAUGCGUUGUCUUGGCUGUGUGCUUAGGGUCGUUGUCCUGUUGGAAGGUGAACCUUUGCCCCAGUUUGAGGUUCUGAGUGCUCUGGAGCAGGUUUUCAUCAAGGAUCUCUCUGUACUUUGCUCUGUUCAUCUUUGCCUCGAUUUUGACUAGUCUCCUAGUCCCUGCCGCUGAAAAACAUCCCCACAGCAUAAUGCUGCCACCACCAUGCUUCACCGUAGGGAUGGUGCCAGGUUUCCUCCAGACGUGACGCUUGGCAUUCAGGCCAAAGAGUUCAAUCUUGGUUUCAUCAGACCAGAGAAUCUUGUUUCUCAUGGUCUGAGAGUCUUUAGGUGCCUUUUGGCAAACUCCAAGCGGGCUGUCAUGUGCCUUUUACUGAGGAGUGGCUUCCAUCUGGCCACUCUACCAUAAAGGCCUGAUUGGUGGAGUGCUGCAGAGAUUGUUGUCCUUCUGGAAGGUUCUCCCAUCUCCACAGAGGAACUCUGUCAGACUGACCUUCAAGUUCUUGGUCACCUCCCUGACCAAGGCCCUUCUCCCCCGAUUGCUCAGUUUGGCCGGGCGGCCAGCUCUAGGAAGAGUCUUGGUGGUUCUAAACUUCUUCCAUUUAAGAAUUAUGGAGGCUACUGUGUUCUUGGGGACCUUCACUGCUGCAGAAAUGUUUUGGUAUCCUUCCCCAGAUCUGUGCCUUGACACAAUCUUGUCUCGGAGCUCUACGGACAAUUCCUUCGACCUCAGGCUUGGUAUUUUCUCUGACAUGCAAUGUCAACUGUGGGACCUUAUAUAGACAUGUAGGCGUGUGCCUUUCCAAAUGAUGUCCAAUCAAUUGAAUUUACCACAGGUGAACUCCAAUCAAGUUGUAGAAACGUCUCAAGGAUGCUUAAUGGAAACAGGAUGCACCGAAGCUCAAUUUCAAGUCUCAUUGCAAAGGGUCUGAAUACUUAUGUAAAUAAGGUAAUUCUGUUUUUUAUUAAUUUAACUGUUUGGCCAUAAUGACCAUCGUUAUGUUUGGAGGAAAAAGGGGGUUGCUUGCAAGCCGAAGAACACAAUCCCAACCGUGAAGCACGGGGGUGGCAGCAUCAUGCUGUGGGGGUGCUUUGCUGCAGGAGGGACUGGUGUACUUCACAAUAUAGAUGGCAUCAUGAGGAAGGAAAAUUAUGUGGAUAUAUUGAAGCAACAUCUCAAGACAUCAGUCAGGAAAUUAAAGCUUGGUCGCAAAUGGGUCUUCCAAAUGGACAAUGACCCCAAGCAUACUUCCAAAAUAGGACAACAAAGUCAAGGUAUUGGAGUGGCCAUCACAAAGCCUUGACCUCAAUCUUAUAGAAAAUGUGUGGGCAGAACUGAAAAGGCGUGUGCGAGCAAGGAGGCCUACAAACCUGACUCAGUUACACCAGCUCUGUCAGGAGGAAUGGGCCAAAAUUCACCCAACUUAUUGUGGGAAGCUUGUGGAAGGCUACCCGAAAACGUUUGACCCAAGUUAAACAAUUUAAAGACAAUGCUAUUCUGACCCACUGGGAAUGUGAUGAAAGAAAUAAAAGCUGAAAUAAAUAAUUUUCUCUACUAUUAUUCUGACAUUUCACAUUCUUAUAAUAAAGUGGUGAUCCUAACUGACCUAAGACAGGGAAUUUUUACUAGGAUUAAAUGUCAGGAAUUGUGAAAAACUGAGUUUAAAUGUAUUUGGCUAAGGUAUAUGUAAACUUCAGACUUCAACUGUAUAUACCAGACCUAGUAGAUGUGAUUAUUGGCUAUUUCCAUCUGAUAAAGCCAUCAGAUGGCCUAAGCAAUUGAUUCUUAACUGAGCAUGCUUGAAAGGUUUCAUAAUUAAUUCCCUAGGCCUAGCCUACUCACUGCAGGACUGUCUGUUUACCCAUCAGUGUUACACGAUAGCCAAUGUUAAGAGGGGUAUUGAAUUGAUCAUUUAAAAUAAGAUCUCAAUGUGUGAUACGAUACGAUGCUGAAUGAUCAUGCUUUCUGACGGAACGUUACCAUUGGCACCCAUAGUCAUUUGUUCUAUUGAAAGCAUCAAUCCAUAAAUCAGGAAAUCUAUAGCACUCCUCCUGAAUGAUUGAACAAAUUUAGCCAAGUGCUGCUUCGCAUCACGUUUUUAUCUGCACUUCGGUUAACUGCAUUUAUGCAUAAUGUACUAUACUCCUGCAUAUCAGACAAGCUUUUACUCAAGUGGCGUUGCCAUGCUGUUUUUUUUUAUGAGUUUUUGUAACCACUAAAAUGGAAUUAGACAAAUGGUGCAUAUGAAAUUGACUUCAGGGUGUUGUUAUUCCCAACCACCGUACCCAAUAGGCUACACAUCAUGUGGUGUUUCAGUCCUUGGAAUUACUACUGACUCAGUCCCUUCAAAACUCUGGGUUUUACAGCCCUGUUUGCUAGUUGUUUUGUAGGAAACAUUCAUGGCUGUGUGCGACACAGGUGUGAAUAGGGAUCAGGCGACAAUAGGGUAGUCCUUAUUUGCACCUAGUUGUGACUUGUUGGAGGCUGCUUGUUAGGUUAUUAGUGCCAAUGUCUUAAGGCACAGAGACACUGGUAGCGUUUGCCACCCGAGAGUACUUACCACCUCUGAACAUGAAGGUGACGUCAGUUCAAGAUCCAAAACUGAAUGGAUUAGUUUUCCGUCAAGGCUUCAACAAUGACAGCUUUUAUGAUUUCUCGGAUCUUAUUUAUGGGUUGCACUUGCUUAUUUUAUAAUUCUAUAAUUGUACCUACUGUGUCAAAAAUGUACAGUACCAGUCAAAAGUUUGGACACACCUACUCAUUCAAGGGUUUUUCUUUAUUUCUACUAUUUCCUACAUUGUAGAAUAAUAGUGAAGACAUCAAAACUAUGAAAUAACACAUAUGGAAUCAUGUAGUAACCAAAAAAGUGUUAAACAAAUCAAAAUAUAUUUGAGAUUCUUCAAAUAGCCACCCUUUGCCUUGAUGACAGUUUUGCACACUCUUGGCAUUCUCUCAACCAGCUUCACCUGGAAUGCUUUUCCAACAGUCUUGAAGGAGUUCCCACAUAUGCUGAGCACUUUUUGGCUGCUUUUCCUUCACUCUGCGGUCCGACUCAUCCCAAGCUAUCUCAAUUGGGUUGAGGUCGGGGGAUUGUGGAGGCCAGGUCAUCGGAUGCGGCACUCCAACACUCUCCUUCUUGGUAAAAUAGCCCAUACACAGCCUGGAGGUGUGUUGGGUCAUUGUCCUGUUGAAAAACAAAUGAUAGUCCCACUAAGCCCAAACCAGAUGGGAUGGCGUAUCGCUGCAGAAUGCUGUGGUAGCCAUGCUGGUUAAGUGUGCCUUGAAUUCUAAAUAAAUCACAGACAGUGUCACCAGCAAAGCACCCCCACACCAUAACACCUCCUCCUCCAUGCUUUACGGUGGGAACUACACAUGCAGAGAUCAUCCGUUCACCCACACUGCGUCUGACAAAGACACGGUUGUAACCAAAAAUCUCAAAUUUGGACUCCAGACCAAAGGACAAAUUUCCACCGGUCUAAUGCCCAUUGCUCGUGUUUCUUGACCCAAGCAGGUCUCUUCUUCUUAUUGGUGUCCUUUAGUAGUGGUUUCUUUGCAGCAAUUCGACCAUGAAGGCCUGAUUCACGCAGUCCCCUCUGAACAGUUGAUGUUGAGAUGUGUCUGUUACUUGAACUCUGAAGCAUUUAUUUGGGCUGCAAUUUCUGAGGCUGGUAACUCUAAUGAGCUUAUCCUCUGCAGCAGAGGUAAAUCUGGGACUUCCAUUCCUGUGGUGGUCCUCAUGAGAGCACGUUUCAUCAUAGCGCUUGAUGGUUUUUGCGACUGCACUUGAAGAAACUUUCAAAGUUCUUGAAACUUUCCGUAUUGACUGACCUUCAUGUCUUAAAGUAAUGAUGUACUGUCGUUUCUCUUUGCUUAUUUGAGCUGUUCUUGCCAUAAUAUGGACUUGGUCUUUUACCAAAUAGGGUUAUCUUCUGUAUUACUUUUCUUGGUGUUAUGAUGUGAUUAGGCUAUUAGCAUAACAUGCUACAGACAUAACCUAUCUUCUCUAUUUGACGGUAUGAAAAAUAUAUGUUCAGUGUUGUGCAGCUGCUCCACUCUACCAAAAGCCAAUUGAGAACCGCUACCGAUUUUGGUUCUGGAGCUUCUUAUUCAUAUUUAAAGUGGGUUUGUUAAAUUUGGCCCGUGGAAAAUCUCGGGGGAUUGGAUUCGGGUCACUUACCGAAAAUAACUGUAUCAUCGUUAUUUUGUCCUAUUUUGCUUGUACACUCACAGUAUCAGCAACAAAAUCAAGACCGACCAAGAAUAGAUAGGCUCUAUUUUUGUUGUCAGACCUUGAUCAAUGUUGGGAGCUCAGACAAUCUUUGCUGAAUCUGCUUAUCAUCACUAAGAAAUUAAGGACAUUUUGCAGAUCUGAACACAAUUUCUCUGUAUUUCAUUGAAUGACAAACCUUUGGCCAACCAUUGUCUAUUCUGUUUCAUUAGUGUCUUCUGAUGAGUGAUGUGACUCCACCACCCUGUAUUUAGUGGAUCCAGGGACACAGCCUGCAUGAUGGUGUGAUUUACAUAGUGUGGACAGAGGACUUGUUUGAUGCUGGUCCUCCUAAUAAAGAGGGGAUUCAGAGACGAGGGUUGGCUUGGUCCCUAAGUAGAAUCUUGACUUAAACCAAUUUCCUGUCAUGACGAGAAAGAGAGAAAGGACCCAAUCCUCCCAUUUUAAUAGGCUGUUUACUCUGGGUUACUUUAUAGAUCAUGUCCCGAUCUGUUACAGACACAUCUCAACAUCAACUGUUCAGAGGGGACUGUAUGAAUCAGGCCGCCAUCUAACAUGUGCCUUGAAAAAGGCUUUUUAAAGAGCCGUCAAAAACGAAUGAAACUCUGUGGUAAUAGGAUUAAACUGGGAACCCCCAUAAAAUCAGGAAUUAGACAAUCUCAUUCUUUCUCAUUCAGCUAAAUAAUAAUAAUAAACUAUUCUCCUGGGACACAGAUGUCUGUUGAGAAAAGGAUUUAGGGCAAAAUAAUCUGAUUAUCCAAAAGAUUCACAACAUAGCCUACUUAGUAGGGCCCAUGUCGAUGUGAGCUUUGCCCAAUGCUGGUUCUGAUCUCCUAUUAUUAGUGCUUACUCUUUUUCUGCUCAAUCAGGCAUUUCCUUUUACGUUUUGCAUUUAAAUAGUUUCCGACCCCAGCCAUUUGAAUGGCGUCAGCACAGUCAGUAGGCAGCAAGCAGUCAUGGCAGGGGCAACGCAUGCCCCCGGAGCGAUGACCAGCAUCCACAGUAGCCUACGUGCGCUGCUGUGCACACUUUUGGGGAAUCGGAACUGUUGUUACAUCACUAAACACACCAUUUGCUAGCAGCUCAAUUAGAUUACCAAAAGAUAAUCAUUAUUUCAUACCUACUGACAAUCAACAAGAGUUCACCUGUGCCUCAUUUUGAUUGCUUUGUAGUUAUGAAAUUGUUGAACGCUGCCAAAUAAUGUAGAUGCCAACCAAGUUGUGUUAGAACUACAGUGUAGGCAAAAACACUGGUGUGACAUCCAAGAGUCCCUAUCAGAAACUUGCCCUUUGCUCUAAAGAGGUUAUCAGAGGUGUGAAGAGUUGGGUGGUCUGUAGAAUCUAGAUGUGUCUGUAGAUGUCUGCCAUAGCCCAAAUAUAUGGCUAGCCUAUAUAUAGCUAGUUCCUAUGUGCAGAUAAGAGGACCCCAACUCUAGCUGAUAACUGACUCUGGCCCUCUGGAUCUCUGCAGAGAUUAUGCAAACCCAGCCCAAGGCUUAUUCCCAUGAGGGGGAAAUUACAUUGGUGUAAGAAGAGGUUGUGCUGUGCAGAGAGAGAUUCAUCAAAGUGGUAUCCUCUCCUGCUGGAAGCGAGUUGUAGGAGGAGAGAAACUGGUUUCAGAAUAAAGGCCUGUGGAGGGAAACUAAUACAGUGGGGGAAAAAAGUAUUUAGUCAGCCACCAAUUGUGCAAAUUCUCCCACUUAAAAAGAUGAGAGAGGCCUGUAAUUUUCAUCAUAGGUACACGUCAACUAUGACAGACAAAUUGAGGAAAGAAAAUCCAGAAAAUCACAUUGUAGGAUUUUUAAUGAAUUUAUUUGAGUUUGAGUUUAUUUUUACAGGGACAGUGCACAUUUAUCAACGUUUCAGUAAAAGUGCCGGUUUUAGCCAGCCGGCUAAUUUUCAACCGCAGUCCCUGGGCAGGUUAUUAAAAACAAUUACAAUAUGGACAAUAACAACAUAGAACAAGACAUAGCAUACAGACAUAGCAACAUAGGACAAGCAAGACGUAGCAUACAGACCGAGCAACAUAGAACAAAAAGCAGCAAGACAAAAUUCAUAAAAGCAACAAAAUGUUUCCACACCUCACAAGUUACAGACAACAGACAUGGAAAGCGGCAACACACAGCUAGGGACCAUGUUCACAAAUCUGAUUGACCUUUAGCCAUGUCUUCAAGCAUUUUGUGAAAGUGUGAUAUGUGGUGCAGUUGUGUGUGUCUGAUGGCAGUGUAUUCCAGACAUGGGAAGCUCUCACAGAAAAAGCAGAUUUACUAAAGGUGCUUUUCCUUAGGGGAACUACACAGUCACCUCUCAUGGCAGACCUUGUGGAUCUGCUGCCAUAUGUUUGGUUUUUCUGUUUAACAAAAAUACUGAGUGGAGGGGGAGCCAAGCCAUUUAGGAUCUUGAAUACAAGACAUGCAUCGGUGUAUUGCACAAGAUUUUCCCAACUCAGGAGCUCAUGCUUUCUAAGGAUGUGACAGUGAUGAUGGCUAUUGGGCUUCCUAUCAAGCACUUUGAGAGCCUGUUUGUAGACAGACUGAAUAGGUCUUACUGUUGUACAGCAAGCUUGGGCCCAACUAGUCAAGCAGUAUGUUAAGUGGGGGAGUAUCAUAGAUUUGAAGUACAGUUUUGCUACCUCUGUAGUCAAACAAUUUCGUAUAAAUCGGAAAUUAGCUAGGUUGAAUUUGGUUAUUUGAAUUACCUUUUUCACAUGCUUUUUAAAAGAGAGGUUGGAAUCAAGUAUGAUGCCAAGGUACUUAAAAUCAGAUACCCCCUGGAGCUUCUCCCCUGACACAUAGACUUCUGGCUCAGUAGCAUCUGUUGCCCUCUUUGUGAAGAACAUGCAAACAGUUUUUUUCACAUUGAGAUGCAAACACGAGUCACUGAGCCACUUUGUAACCUGGACCAUUACAGUAGUGAGUUCUUGUGCAGCUUGUUGUUUGCUCUUUGCAUGCACAUAUAUCACUGUAUCAUCUGCAUACAUUUGAACUUCAGACCCAGUACAGACAGAAGGCAGAUCAUUAAUGUACAGGCUGAACAGGAGGGGCCCCAGUAUUGACCCUUGGGGCACACCCACAUCAUAGCUAAGAGUGGGCGAUAGCUCAUUGCUCACUCUGACACACUGAGUUCUGCCUUCAAGGUAUGAUUUCAUCCAUCUCAAGGCAUCGGGGGAAAAGUUGAACUUGGACAAUUUUGUGAUGAGAAUCUCAUGGUUAACAGUAUCAAAAGCCUUCCGUAGGUCCAGAAACACAGCCCCAACAACGCCCCCUUUGUCCAUCUUGGACUUCACAUUUUCCAGAAAAAAGCAGUUGGCCAUUUCUGUGGAGUGUUUCGCUCUGAAGCCAAACUGCAUGGAAUGUAAUGUGAAGGGGCUGUUGUUGAGGUGGGCAAUCAGUUGUUCUGCUACACACUUUUCAACAACCUUUGACACCACAGGUAGUAUACUAAUGGGCCUGUAGUUACUCACGUCAGCAGGGUCGCCUGAUUUAAAGAUGGCCGUUAUUAUGGCCGACUUCCAUACCCUUGGAAACACCCCGAGACCAAUAGAUGUGUUGGUGACCUUAGUAAUGGGGCCAAUGAGUGACUCUUUGUAGUUUUUAAGAAAGGUAGAGUCCAUCCCAAACACAUCUUUGGCUUUAGAGUUCUUUAGUGAGCUAAUCACCUUGUCUACCUUUGACUCAGAAACCUCCCUUAUGAUGAAGACAGGUUGAGCAUCAUUUACUAGCAAAUUAUGGAGGAAAAUAAGUAUUUGGUCACCUACAAACAAGCAAGAUUUCUGGCUCUCACAGACCUGUAACUUCUUCUUUAAGAGGCUCCGCUGUCCUCCACUCGUUACCUGUAUUAAUGGCACCUGUUUGAACUUGUUAUCAGUAUAAAAGACACCUGUCCACAACCUCAAACAGUCACACUCCAAACUCCACUAUGGCCAAGACCAAAGAGCUGUCAAAGGACACCAGAAACAAAAUUGUAGACCUGCACCAGGUCUCACCCCGUGGGGUCAAAAUUAUCACAAGAACGGUGAGCAAAAAUCCCAGAACCACACGGGGGGACCUAGUGAAUGACCUGCAGAGAGCUGGGACCAAAGUAACAAAGCCUACCAUCAGUAACACACUACGCCGCCAGGGACUCAAAUCCUGCAGUGCCAGAUGUGUCCCCCUGCUUAAGCCAGUACAUGUCCAGGCCCGUCUGAAGUUUGCUAGAGUGCAUUUGGAUGAUCCAGAAGAGGAUUGGGAGAAUGUCAUAUGGUCAGAUGAAACCAAAAUAGAACUUUUUGGUAAAAACUCAACUCGUCGUGUUUGGAGGACAAAGAAUGCUGAGUUGCAUCCAAAGAACACCAUACCUACUGUGAAGCAUGGGGGUGGAAACAUCAUGCUUUGGGGCUGUUUUUCUGCAAAAGGAACCAGGACGACUGAUCCGUGUAAAGGAAAGAAUGAAUGGGGCCAUGUAUCGUGAGAUUUUGAGUGAAAACCUCCUACCAUCAGCAAGGGCAUUGAAGAUGAAACGUGGCUGGGUCUUUCAGCAUGACAAUGAUCCCAAACACACCGCCCGGGCAACGAAGGAGUGGCUUCGUAAGAAGCAUUUCAAGGUCCUGGAGUGGCCUAGCCAGUCUCCAGAUCUCAACCCCAUAGAAAAUCUUUGGAGGGAGUUGAAAGUCCGUGUUGCCCAGCGACAGCACCAAAACAUCACUGCUCUAGAGGAGAUCUGCAUGGAGGAAUGGGCCAAAAUACCAGCAACAGUGUGUGAAAACCUUGUGAAGACUUACAGAAAACGUUUGACCUGUGUCAUUGCCAACAAAGGGUAUAUAACAAAGUAUUGAGAAACUUUUGUUAUUGACCAAAUACUUAUUUUGCACCAUAAUUUGCAAAUAAAUUCAUUAAAAAUCCUACAAUGUGAUUUUCUGGAAUUUCUUUCCUCAUUUUGUCUGUCAUAGUUGACGUGUACCUAUGAUGAAAAUUACAGGCCUCUCUCAUCUUUUUAAGUGGGAGAACUUGCACAAUUGGUGGCUGACUAAAUACUUUUUUUCCCCACUGUAUGUAUCCUCGCUCGUUUGAGGCUUUCAGAAAGCCCACCACUUUACACUUAAGAUCUGUUGACAUGGAGCAAGGCUUCGCUGAGGCUACGAUGAUUCCUCUUUGCAAGGAGAGCAUUGCAUCACUGCAUGUGCAUAUUUAUCACCCAUGGCUUGGACUGCCUUCAGACAAACUACAGCUGUGGUCUGCGUUUCUAAAUGUAAGUGUCUUUGCAUGGCCUUCUGAAAAUGAACAGUGCAAGAGGUAGCCUUGGUCUUUGAGUCUGGUAUAGAGGGUUGUAGCCAGUCUAGCCACAAUUGUAGAAGUAGGCUAUUAGCUUUAUGACUUUCUUCCCUGAGGGGCCCACAGUAAUAUCAUAUAGGCCAUUUACCCACCCAUCACUAUUAUCAUAAAGUGAAGACAUCCCACUGGGCACACACAGGUUGAAUCAACGUUUCCGUGUCAUUUCAAUGGAAUUACUUUGAACCAACGUGGAAUAGAUGUUAAAUUGACAUUUGUGCCCAGUGGGAUUAUUCAAUGAUCCUUCAAGACAGUUAACUUUGAUGCAGUUCCAAGCAACAUUCAGUAUUGCUAUGUCCCUACCUCAUAAACAAGCUAGCCUCAGUCAGUACUUAACAGUUUACCCUACCUCAUAAACAAGCUAGCCUCAUCCAUUACUUAACAGUUUACCCUACCUCAUAAACAAGCUAGCCUCAUCCAGUACUUAACAGUUUACCCUACCUCAUAAACAAGCUAGCCUCAUCCAGUACUUAACAGUUUACCCUACCUCAUAAACAAGCUAGCCUCAUCCAGUACUUAACAGUUUACCCUACCUCAUAAACAAGCUAGCCUCAUCCAGUACUUAACAGUUUACCCUACCUCAUAAACAAGCUAGCCUCAUCCAGUACUUAACAGUUUACCCUACCUCAUAAACAAGCUAGCCUCAUCCAGUACUUAACAGUUUACCCUACCUCAUAAACAAGCUAGCCUCAGUCAGUACUUAACAGUUUACCCUACCUCAUAAACAAGCUAGCCUCAUCCAGUACUUAACAGUUUACCCUACCUCAUAAACAAGCUAGCCUCAUCCAGUACUUAACAGUUUACCCUACCUCAUAAACAAGCUAGCCUCAUCCAGUACUUAACAGUUUACCCUACCUCAUAAACAAGCUAGCCUCAUCCAGUACUUAACAGUUUACCCUGCCUCUGACGUGUUUGAAGAUGACGUAGUGUUAUAGAGGCGAAAGAAACGCACACCUAUUUAGGCGAGGUGCAGGCUAACAGAGUAAAACACUUGGAAAAGGAAUGCCGCACACUCUAGGAGCUCAGAUGCAAUAAUUUAAUAUCCUAAUAACCAACGUUUCGACAGACAAGCGGUCUUCAUCAGGGUAUAUGAUGACGUAGGGCACAUAAAAAUGGGUUUCCAUCACAUUUUCAACUCUACUGAUGGUUUUCUCACACAAAACAUCGCGUUAGAUAGCGAGUGUACCCACUCUGGUAUUGGCACGUGCGCUCUAGUCUAGCCAACAGCUCGCAGAUACAGUGCGGGUAGGCCUUUAGCCUACAUGAUGAGAUUGUUAUGGACAAGAAAACAACUAGUUUAUUUUUAUUUGUCAAACGGCAGCCAAGCAUCAAUGAUCAUGUCACCAGAAUAAGAACCUCGAUAUUUAUUGGAAAGGAGCAUCAAGCUCAUCACCGUGCCCUUUCACCACCCUGUGAAGUUCAUCAUAAUUUAUUUAAUCUGUAGCCUAAUAAACUGCAUGCUUUCCCGACGAGUCCUAAUAUUUGCGCAUAAAAGCAUUUCCACCAACAUUUCUCACAUAAUUUAUUUUACAGACACAAAUAAAUCCCACCUUGUCUAGCGUAUUUUGUUUUGUCGACAUUUGGAAAGUUUACCGACACAUUUUCUGUUUCCAUCAGGCCUGGCGUGACAUUUUUUAUCUUACAUGUACUUUACUCCCAUAAGAAGUUUGGAUGGAAACCUGGUUACAGACACAUGGUCCUGAGUCUGGCAGUAGUGAGCGGAUGUGGCUCUGCUAUCUCUUGUGAUCUUCCCAGCGGCUCAUUUUCUCUCAUCACUGCUGAAAGAUUCAGUAGAUUCAGCAGCAGCGCCGCUUUGAAUUAGGCCGAGAUGAUGAAAUCCCCAUACUGAGGAGUCUCUACUCCAGACUCAUUUUUACACUGGUGCUCUCAUUUUACAGCCACACAGAGCAGAUCAGCUCCCUCAGACUUCUUCAGUUUUUUGCCCACCGGCAACAUUGUAAGUUUUUUCUCCACUGAAACAGACAGUUGAAGUGACAAUGAACUGAGCUUGAACUGGCUCUGAAUAUGUAUUUUCAAUGUAUCUACUAUUUAUUAGUUCAAGACCAGUGGCAGUGAAAGGAGGAAUAUUGUCUACAGUGCUCUAGUUCAGCUAUCUGUGGCUGUCUGUGGGUCUGGCCUCCGUUUGUGUCCUUACUUAUCACCAUACAGUUCACUUCAGCACAGUGAAAGGUGAUGAUGGGCCUCCUGUAGCUCAGUUGGUAGAGCAUGGCGCUUGCAAUGCCAGGGUUGUGGGUUUGAUUCCCACGGGGGGCCAGUAUGAAAAAUGUAUGCACUCACUAAAACUGUAAGUUGCUCUGGAUAAGAGCGUCUGCUAAAUGACUAAAAUGUAAAAUGUAAUGAUAGUUCCAUGCUCUGUUUCUGCAGUCAGCUAUCAGCCCAUAGCUUUAUCUCCUUCAAGACCAGAGAAAAAGGACACUAACAGUUUCUAGGUCAAAUGGACCAUGGCGACUCUGGUAUAAUUGUUCCCCCAGACCCAACAAAAUCAUUUUUCUAGUUGACUUUCUUAUACUUCUGCUCUUUCCUUGUCUCUGUGAAUGAAAACUGGUCUGGUUCGGUUUCCAGCAUUAUCACACUAUAGGCUACCCUGGUCCCAGAUCUGUUUGUGCUGUCUUGCCAACUCCUAUCAUUGUCAAUGACCAUAGGAGUUGGCAAGACAGCACAAACAAAUCCAGGACCAGGCCAAAAAAAAGACUAUGCAACUCACUGAGUCCAAACUAGCCUUGGCUAAUUACGAGUAGCAUCUGUUGCCAUGUGAAAUGUGAUCUGUGCAGGAUGACAAUGGAGCCAUUUAUUAGAGCAGGGAGCCUGAGAGACUGAUCAAUGGGCAGCAGCCUUCAAAAGCCAAACACUGGGGUGCUGUAUUCUUUGGCAUAGGGAUCGCUUUCAAGGAUAGAGGUAGUCUGUCUUUGUUUGGUCAAGGUCAGGUCAAUGUAAUGGGGUUUAGAAUUAUGCCACAAUUCACAAGAUCAUAUGAAAAUAAGCUAUAGGCCUAGGUUAUAAACAAAAUAAACUCAGCAAAAAAAGAAACGUCCCUUUUUCAGGACCCUGUCUUUCAAAGAUAAUUUGUGAAAAUCCAAAUAACUUCACAGAUCUUCAUUGUAAAGGGUUUAAACACUGUUUCCCAUGCUUGUUCAAUGAACCAUAAACAAUUAAUGAACAUGCACCUGCGGAACGGUCGUUAAGACACUAACAGCUUACAGACGGUAGGCAAUUAAGGUCACAGGGCAGUCAAGUCUCCUCAGACUUGACUGCCCUUGACCAGCACAAAAACAUCCUGUGGCGUACUGCAUUAGCAUCAAAUAGCCCCCGCGAUAUGCAACUUUUCAGGGAAGUUAGGAACCAAUAUACACAAGCAGUUAGGAAAGCAAAGGCUAACUUUUUCAAACAGAAAUUUGCAUCCUGUAGCACUAACUCCAAAAAGUUUUGGGACACUGUAAAGUCCAUGGAGAAUAAGAGCACUUCCUCCCAGCUGCCCACUGCACUGAGGCUAGGAAACACUAUCACCACCGAUAAAUCUACAAUAAUCGAGAAUUCCAACAAGCAUUUUGCUACGGCUGGCCACGCUUUCCACCUGGCUACCACUACCCUGGCCACCAGCUCUGCACCCUCCGCUGCAACUUGCCCAUGCCCCCCCCGCUUCUCCUUCACACAAAUCCAGACAGCUGAUGUUCUGAAAGAGCUGCAAAAUCUGGACCCCUACAAAUCAUCUGGGCUAGACAAUCUGGACCCUUUCUUUCUAAAACUAGCCGCCGAAAUUGUCGCAACCCCUAUUACUAGCCUGUUCAACCUCUCUUUCGUAACGUCUGAGAUCCCCAGAGAUUGGAAAGCUGCCGCGGUCAUCCCCCUCUUCAAAGGGGGUGACACUCUAGAUCCAAACUGUUACAGACCCAUAUCCAUCCUGCCCUGCCUUUCAAAAGUUUUUGAAAGUCAACAAACAGAUCACCGACCAUUUCGAAUCCCACCGUACCUUCUCCGCUAUGCAAUCCGGUUUCCGAGCUGGUCAUGGGUGCACUUCAGCCACGCUCAAGGUCCUAAACGAUAUUAUAACCGCGAUCGAUAAUAGACAGUACUGUGCAGCCGUUUUCAUUGACCUGGCCAAGGCUUUCGACUCUGUCAACCACCGCAUUCUUAUUGGUAGACUAAAUAGCCUUGGUUUCUCAAAUGACUGCCUCGCCUGGUUCACCAACUACUUCUCAGAUAGAGUUCAAUGUGUCAAAUCGGAGGGCCUGUUGUCUGGACCUAUGGCAGUCUCUAAUGGGGGUGCCACAGGGUUCAAUUCUUGGGCCGUCUCUUUUCUCUGUGUAUAUCAAUGACGUCGCUCUUGCUGCUGGUGACUCUCAGAUCCACCUCUACGCAGACGACACCAUUUUGUAUACAUCUGGCCCUUCAUUGGACACUGUGUUAACAAACCUCCAAACGAGCUUCAAUGCCAUACAACACUCCUUCAGUAGCCUCCAACUGCUCUUAAACACUAGUAAAACUAAAUGCAUGCUCUUCAACCGAACGCUGCUUGCACCCGCCCACCCGACUAGAAUCACUACUCUCGACGGGUCUGACCUAGAGUAUGUGGACAACUACAAAUACCUAGGUGUCUGGUUAGACUGUAAACUCUCCUUCCAGACUCACAUUAAGAAUCUCCAAUCCAAAGUUAAAUCUAGAAUCGGUUUCCUAUUUCGCAACAAAGCCUCCUUCACUCAUGCUGCCAAACAUGCCCUCGUAAAACUGACUAUCCUACCGAUCCUUGACUUCGGCGAUGUCAUUUAUAAAAUAGCCUCCAACACUCUACUCAGCAAAUUGGAUGUAGUCUAUCACAGUGCCAUCCGUUUUGUCUCCCAUGCCCCAUAUAAUACCCACCACUGUGACCUGUACGCCCUUGUUGGCUGGUCCUCACUACAUAUUCGUCGCCAAACCCACUGGCUCCAGGCCAUCUAUAAAUCACUGCUAGGCAAAUCCCCACCUUAUCUUAGCUCAUUGGUCACCAUAGCAACACCCACCCGUAGUCUGCGCUCCAGCAGGUAUAUCUCACUGGUCAUCCCCACAGCCAACACCUCCUUUGGCCGCAAUUCCUUCCAGUUCUCUGCUGCCAAUGACUGGAACAAAUUGCAAAAAUCUCUGAAGCUGGAGACACUUAUCUCCCUCACUAACUUUAAGCAUCAGUUGUCAGAGCACCUUACCGAUCACUGCACCUGUAUACAGCCCAUCUGAAAUUAGCCCGCCCAACUACCUCAUCCCUAUAUUGUUAUUUAUUUUGCUCAUUUGUACCCCAGUAUCUCUAUUUGCACAUCAUCUCUUGCACAUCUAUCAUUCCAGUGUUAAUACUAAUUGUAAUUAUUUUGCACUAUAGCCUAUUUAUUGCCUUACCUCCAUAACUUGCUACAUUUGCACACACUGUAUAUAUAUGUAUUUCUGUUGUAUUUUUGACUUUGUUUUGUUUUACCCCAUAUGUAACUCUGUGUUGUUGUUUUUAUCGCACUGCUUUGCUUUAUCUUGGCCAGGUCGCAGUUGUAAAUGAGAACUUGUUCUCAGCUGGUUUACCUGGUUAAAUAAAGGUUAAAUAAAAUAAAAAAACAGUUAUGAAAACUUAGGACACUAAAGAGGCCUUUCUACUGACUCUGAAAAACACCAAAAGAAAGAUGCCCAGGGUCCCUGCUCAUCUGCGUGAACGUGCCUUAGGCAUGCUGCAAGAAGGCAUGAGGACUGCAGAUGUGGCCAGGGCAAUAAAUUGCAAUGUCCGUACUGUGAGACGCCUAAGACAGCGCUACAGGGAGACAGGACGGACAGCUGAUCGUCCUUGCAGUGGCAGACCACGUGUAACAACACCUGAACAGGAUCGGUACAUCCGAACAUCACACCUGCGGGACAGGUACAGGAUGGCAACAACAACUGCCCGAGUUACACCAGGAACGCACAAUCCCUCCAUCAGUGCUCAGACUGUCCGCAAUAGGCUGAAAGAGGCUGGACUGAGGGCUUGUAGGCCUGUUGUAAGGCAGGUCCUCACCAGACAUCACCGGCAACAACGUCGCCUAUGGGCACAAACCCACCGUCGCUGGACAAGACAGAACUGGCAAAAAGUGCUCUUCACUGACGAGUCGCGGUUUUGUCUCACCAGGGGUGAUGGUCGGAUGCGCGUUUAUCGCAAAGGAUUGAGCGUUACACCGAGGCCUGUACUCUGGAGCGGGAUCGUUUUAGAGGUGGAGUGUCCGUCAUGGUCUGGGGCGGUGUGUCACAGCAUCAUCGGACUGAGCUUGUUGUCAACGCUAUGCGUUACAGGGAAGACAUCCUCCUCCCUCAUGUGGUACCCUUCCUGCAGGCUCAUCCUGACAUGACCCUCCAGCAUGACAAUGCCACCAGCCAUACUGCUCGUUCUGUGCGUGAUUUCCUGCAAGACAGGAAUGUCAGUGUUCUGCCAUGGCCAGCGAAGAGCCUGGAUCUCAAUCCCAUUGAGCACGUCUGGGACCUGUUGGAUCGGAGGGUGAGGGCUAGGGCCAUUCCCCCCAGAAAUGUCUGGGAACUUGCAGGUGCUGGCAAAUCUGGUGCAGUCCAUGAGGAGGAGAUGCACUGCAGUACUUAAUGCAGCUGGUGGCCAAACCAGAUACUGACUCUUACUUUUGAUUUUGACCCCCCCCCCCCCCCCCCCCCCCCCCCCUUUGUUCAGGGACACAUUAUUCAAUUUAUUUUAGUCACAUGUCUGUGGAACUUGUUCAGUUUAUGUCUCAGUUGUUGAAUCUUGUUAUGUUCAUACAAAUAUUUGCACGUUAAAUUUGCUGAAAAUAAACACAGUUGACAGUGAGAGGACGUUUCUUUUUUUGCUGAGUUUACAUGUAUUUCUUAUAUGAAUACUGUACGUAGGUAGGCAUCAUUUGAUAUUUCUGUGAAAACCAUCCCUAAAUCUAAGGCCUACAGUGAGGGGAAAAAAGUAUUUGAUCCCUUGCUGAUUUUGUACGUUUGCCUACUGACAAAGACAUGAUCAGUCUAUAAUUUUAAUGGUAGGUUUAUUUGAACAGUGAGAGACAGAAUAACAACAACAUCCAGAAAAAUGCAUGUCAAAAAUGUUAUAAAUUGAUUUGCAUUUUAAUGAGGGAAAUAAGUAUUUGACCCCUCUGCAAAACAUGACUUAGUACUUGGUGGCAAAACCCUUGUUGGCAAUCAGAGGUCAGACGUUUCUUGUAACUGUUGUCACCUUCUCACCAAGCUGCUUGGCGAUGGUCUUGUAGACCAUUCCAGCCUUGUGUAUGUCUACAAUCUUGUCCCUGACAUCCUUGGAGGGGUGUUUGGUCUUGGCCAUGGGGAGAGUUUGUAAUCUGAUUGAUUGAUUGCUUCUGUGGACAGGUGUCUUUUAUACAGGUAACAAACUGAGAUUAGGAGCACUCCCUUUAAGAGUGUGGUCCUAAUCUCAGCUCGUUACCUGUAUAAAAGACACCUGGGAGCCAGAAAUCUUUCUGAUUGAGAGGGGGUCAAAUACUUAUUUCCCUCAUUAAAAUGCAAAUCAAUUUAUUUGACAUAAACAUUUUUGGCAAGCGUUUUUCUGGAUUUUGUUGUUGUUAUUCUGUCUCUCACUGUUCAAAUAAACCUACCAUUAAAAUUAUAGACUGAUCAUGUCUUUGUCAGUGGGCAAAUGUACAAAAUCAGCAGGGGAUCAAAUAUUUUUUUCCCUCACUGUACCUCUUAGUUGUGUUACGGUAUAACACGGCCCCAUAGCUGCUUAUUACCAGGACAUUUUCAGCCAUAUUACCUGCUGUAACUUGCAGUAAUAGGCCUAUAGCCUAGUAGGUACCAAUAUGAGGCUGAUGUGUGAAGGUUCCACAGUGUCUUAGGACAACUGCUAGUGAUUUGUAAGCACCUUCUUUCUCUGUUUUUAACGAGGCAAUUUUCCACUGCAGUUUUUCAGUUCCACAAAAUGUUCACAUCUAAAUAUUGUUGUUGUACUAACAUUGAUCCAGGGCAAUCAAGGACAGCUCACAGGUGGGUGGUCUUUGGCUGGACAUGGGGGUGUAGUAGGUUACAAUAUUUUAAAUGACAUUUAACGAAUGAAAGAGAACAUUUUCUGAGGGAUUCUUCAUAUAGAAGUUGGUGGGUGUCCAGGUCUGGACUGUGUGGUCCUAGGCUCUCUAGCCUCCUUGUGCUUAUCAUAUGCUGUCGUUGGUGGUCAUACAAUUGUCAUUUAUUGAUAGUAUUUGUAUGAGCAACGUCUGAAUGCAGCCCUGGCUACAGGUUUUUAUCAGUGAUUCCAGAUGCAAGCCUCUGUUUCCUGUUGUAUUUGUGCUACAGAGUAUUCCACAGUGAAAGCCUCUCAUUCUCUCUCCAGAUAAGACCAUUAUGUCUCAGUUUGUAAUCAAACCUGGAAAACUGAGAACUCCGAGUGGAAGCCUAGCUGUGUCAGUCAGAUAACAGAGAGAUUGUGAUGUCAUUGUCGUGAGUAAGGUAAAGAACACCAGUUGGGAACUCUAGCUUGAGCUUCUCAAUUGAGCAUAGCCUUUGAAAUGCACAGGGUGUCUUUUUCAUUACCACAAUCAUAGUUUUACGCUCCUGUUAUCACACAGGCAUAGAACAAUAUAAAUAAAUAUCAAUUUUGAGUGCUUUCAAUGGGGUGUGAAAAGAAACAGACCACUGUUGUGAACUCUGUGUGAGGUAAUGUUAAAAAUUUGGCAGAAGGCAACACUAAGGCCAUAUUGCUCUGGGUACAAAUCACUCUACGCUUCAACGAACGGCUGCAAAUUAGUUAUAUAUUUCUCUCAGCAGAUGGUGCCUCUUAGUCCGGCCUCUUUUGAGGUAUUGUGGGCAAAAUUGUUUAAUGUUGUUUUGGUUCCUCAUCCUCCAUGGCCUACACCCUUAAGUAAGGUAGAGAGGAGAUUCAGCAACACUUGGAAGGACAAAUGGAAAUAAAUAAAAAAGCUUAUUUUUUGAAAAUAUUUGAACAAACAUGUUUCGGCUUUUAAACAUUUCAAAAUGGGCUCAGGGACCAAUAACAAGGAAUAUGCCAAUAAAAAUGUGAUUGGUUAAAACAGUUGCACCCUUAAGUAGCCAGAUUCACUCAGCCACCCAACAUAGCAAUAAACCACCCUCGGCUUAUAUAGCCAACUUCAUUGAUAAGAAUGAUUUCCUUUAUGAGGUAACGUGUUAUUCUGUCCCAGUAACAGUGUUUGCUCUCCUAGGAGCAGACCUGAGAAUAGAAGAGGCUGAGACAGAGUAGAGGAGAGCGCAGAGUGACACAGUCCUCAGGGCUUCUCCGGUUACAAGCCUCCCUCUGCCCUCCUGUCUUUCAAAGGAAAUCUGGACCGAGGAGAGUGGAAGGGAUGGAAGGGGGUGGGGAGUGCGAGAAGACGCAUGGGGAACUUGAGUGUUCUCCAAUGAAUUACACAAUACUCCUGCAAUGGAAAGGUCUGGUUCUCUGGAGAAAGUCUCUGGAGAAUAAUUUGGUUGCUUACUAACUCCUCUACAUCCCUAUAUUUCUUCCACUCGCUCUCCCUCUUUCUGCAUCUCUCUUCCUUUCUCCUGGUCUCCAUCUCACAAAGACUCCCCUCUAGGGCUGGGAAUUUCCAGGGACCUCAUGAUAUGAUAUUAUCGCGAUACCUAGGUCCCGAUACGAUAUGCAUUGCGAUUCUCACAAUUCUAUAUGUAUUGUGAUUGCAUACUGCGAUUUUAUUGCAAUUUGAUGUUCCAAACGUUUUGCUCACUACAUGUCUGCUGCAGAGAGACGAGAGAGCAUGAGAAAAUGAGUUCUGAUCAGUCAUGGAAAUAAAAGUGCUGAAACAUAUUGGCUCACUAUUUAAAAAGAAGAUGGAGAACAAGCUAUAUGAUGAAAAAAAGACCUGAGUUUUGCCGCAGGUACAGCCGACUAACGCUACCUAGUCAAACUUUUUUUUUUUACAAAUCGAUACUUGUAGUCAAAGUAUCAAUAUAAUAUCAUCCAAAAUAAUAUUGCGAUUUGUAACUAUUGAUUUCCCCCCAUUGCUACCCCCCUUCCCCUUUCUCUUGUCUUAUCUUAAAAUGGAUUCCCAGAGGAUAAAACACCAGGGCACCAUGAAUAUUUGACGGAGUGCAGACAUGACCUCAGUCUGGCUGGGCAGCCCAGACGAGAGCACUUGGCUGGACAUUAUGAAAACUACUCUGUAACUGCUAAGCUAUGUGGGCAUCUGUCUCGGACCAUAGCUAGCUGUCCUAUUCGGUGAUGUAAUCCACCAUUGCUUGUUCAACUGUUUAUUGGGCUCCAGAGUGGCGCAGUGGUCUAAGACACUGCAUCUCAGUGCUUGAGGCAUCACUACAGACCCCCUUGUUCGAUUCCAGGCUGUAUCACAACCGGCCGUGAUUGGGAGUCCCAUAGGGCAGCGCACAAUUGGCCCAGCGUCGUCCGGUUUGGCCGGUGUAGGCCGUCAUUGUAAAUAAGAAUUUGUUCUUAACUGACUUGCCUAGUUAAAUAAAGGUAAAAUAAAAAAUUUGCUAAACUAAUUGUCAUUGAUAGUGUUUCAUUAUAGACGUUCUACUGCCAGAGGUGUGCGGUGCUGUAAGGAUAGAAAUGUCCUUUGUGCCUGUAGAGGACAUCACUUAUUUUCACUCCUCUUUUGUUGCUUAUGUAAGUGACUUGUUACACUGUCAGACAUUUUUUGUUCUGUUCUUUCUUUUUCUUAAAGUAGACUAACUUGUUCACGUUCUUAGCUCGUCUAGAAAAGGAUGAACCUGUUUUCUAUUCUAAUUUUGACCUUGUCAUGAGGACUCGAAUCUUGCAUAGGGUCUUGGUUUUAUCGUUACAUCCAUAAGCUAAGCAAAUGUUAGCAGUGAACAUGUGGGAAAGCAAUCGAUCAACGAUAACGGCGAUUCUAUAACAUGAAACCAUUGACUUUUAGAGGGGGUCUGCUCAGUACUCAGCUGUUUAUCUCUUGGAUCUGGAUUUAGAUCUAAUGAAAGUCAACUGAUAAAAACAAAGGAAUCUUUCCCAUCUAAGAAGCUUCCCAGAUAAAGUGAACGCCAACACAGAUUGUUCAGUUGUACUCGGGGUUCGCAGCCGACUGCCAGCCUUAGAAGAACUAGUCACGUGAGGGGCUCUGCUCAAAACAGAACCAUGUGUGGGCUUGUAGUUAGCAUUAAUACCAAAAUACCUCUUUCUUUCCCCACCCCUUCUUUUUUUCAAAUUGCACAACCAUUUAAUUACUUUUUUACUGUAAGGAGCCUGGCAAAGAACAAAGGAAAUUAUAUAAUUCGUAUUGGUAUCUCAGCUUUCCCUGCAGCUCAUAUAGGUUAGGACCUAGGCCUGUCAGUGUGUGUUUCCCAGCUGCUUGGCUGAAACAGAAUUUGUAAUCCGAUUCUGAUAAUGAAAGGUGGGUGGGUUCUUAUAAAGUGUUCCAUAUGUUGGUACUCAGUUGGACUCCGUGGGUUUCUGCUUCUGCUCGAAGCUGUGUGCGCGUGUGUUUAUUUAGUGAGUUUUAUCAUCUACUCAAACUCGGACAGACUGCUUGCCUUUGGCUCUCUGCUUACCAUCUUCCUAUCUGAAAAGAAGGAUACUUAUGUUAUCACCAGUCAAAUCAGUCUAGACACUGUGUGAUAAAAAUAUGCAUAUUCCUCUAUCUGGGUACUCUGACUAGGCUAUAAAUAUACCAUACAAGCUUUCACAUACUCCAACAUAAUCUACACAAUGUUCUCAGUUUAGGGAAGCCUGUGAAAUACAAUUUAGAGUUGGGAAUGCAAUGAUAGGUGGGUCGUUCCAAGAAAUUAGUGCCUUUUGUGUCCCUUUUGAUAUCUUAAGUAGAAAUUGUGCACAAAUAUUGCAUUUUAAAAGCCUUUUAUAUUCAAUGAGGUGCCCUUUUUAAUAUAGACCACAUGGAAAAUUCUAUAAAUCAGAUUUUUUUUAUAUGAAUAAAGACUUGCUAAAGUGCCAGAAUUCUACAUUUUGACAUGUCCCUCUGUGCAUCCUCUGUGACUUCUAGGAAGAUUUUAACCCACUUAAUUCCAACAUUUAUCGAAGUUUUCGCCAUCAUUGUAAAGCCAUAGUUAUUUUGUUGCUUUGACAAAGUAAGUUAUUUAUUUAAUGUGAUUAGUGGUUCAUUUUAAGGAGAGAAAAAAAACUGUUACGUGAACUCUCAUUUUAAUAUGGUGAAACUAUUCCUUUUAAAAUAUUUUUUUUUAAAGAAACAUUGAACAUCUAAUAUUAAAAUCAUAGUAUAAAAGCAGGAUUAACUGGUUCUACUAUUUUUGGCCAUUUUCUGGUGUUUUGUGGUGGAAAACUGAGCGGGUCGGGCAUAAAACGUCAAUCCUGUUACCCAUGUUUAACUUUUUUUUUUUUGCAUUAAUUUGUUCCUCCCUGUUGCAUAUUACAAGCUUCCAUUCCCCCUGUCACAAUAGGAUUUAUGGAUGAUUUAAAGGCCCUGUGCAGUCAAAAAUGUGAUUUUCCUGUGUUUUAUAUACAUUUCCACACAGGGCCAUGCACAGACCUUUUUGGGGGCAUGUGUUCAAACAAAAAAACUUUUUUUUUUUCCCACAACCAUGGGUCAUAGACUCUUUGAGCAAUUAUUACAAGAAGAGGGGAAGGGAAAGCAGCACCAUCUGAUGAGUAAAGUAUUUUACAAAACUAUUUUGAACUGGGGGAAUGCUGCAUGUAUUACCAUUACAUUAUCCAACCCAACUCCAUUUGUUGCCACUAUCAUGUAUCCCAGUGGUUUUCUAACUUUUUUACCCAUGACCCCAAAAAGGGAGUGGUACAAAACUUGCGACUUUAGAGGCCAUCUGCCUGCAGAGUGCUCCUUGCCAGCCGGGCAGCUCUGUUCUUCCUCACAAAUAUUGUAAUAGAUUCGCCAGAAUGUUACAUCUCCAUGCCAUAAUAUUGAAGGCAGUGCGAUGUUACAGCUUCUUAUCUUUAGACAUAUAGCCAGUAGCCACCCAAACUAGGCCUAUCUAUCUGAAAUAUGAAAAUGAUCCAUCAAAUCGGCAGGUAGCCUAUUGUUCUGGCAUAAAGAUGAGUCACUAGUAGAUUGCUAAACUGUAUUUUAUAUGGACGAUAAACGUAGGUCUACUUUGUUUUUGCAAAACUGGAGGAAAUUAAACAAGUUAUUUCUGGUCACCAAUCUUGAUAUGCGCGUCCGUCUUUGCGCGCCAGUGCUGAUGACUGGUCAUUGGUCAACAAUCAAGACGCGCAACUUUUUGGUUCUGAAGCAUAGAUGAGAAUUUAACGACCACUAGCAGGCAGUGGGUUCAGAACAACAAUGACAAAAUAUAUUUUGGGGGAAAUUAUACAACCACCGAAAAGGGCACUUUGGAGACUGGAAGGGCAAAUGGGCAUGUGCUCUGCACAGGUAUGGGCUUCUCUGUGCAUGUGCCUGUUUCCACACUAUGAGGUUGGAAUAAUACUGUGUAAUUGUGAAAUGAUGAUAAUGCCCUUUUAGUGUAAGAGCUGUUUGAAAAGACAGACUGACAUUUCAGACUGUUUUGGUGGGAUGGAGUUUUGGCCUGCCUGGUGACAUCACCAGGCAGAAAGAGGGUUCCAAACCUCUCUGCCAAUAACAGCUAGUUUUCAGUUUUCCCUCCCCACAGUCCACUCCCAGACAGUCCUAGCAAAAUUCUUGCUUGAGAAAUUGCUCUUUGCUAAGAAGCUAUUUUUGUUUCUUUUUGACCAUUUUAAUUGAAAACAAUCACAGAAAGGUACUUUAUUGUUACCAAUAAAUUAUUUGAUAUUGAGAGAAAAAACGGCUGAAUUGGACCUUUUUAAGAUGAAGUCGUCAACCCUGUUACUUUAUUUUGCACUUAAUAGGAAAAGUAUUUUGUAUUCAGACCCCUUGUCUUUUUCCACAUUUUGUUUUGUUACAGCCUUAUUCUAAAAUUGAUUAAAUAAAACAUUUUCCUCAGCAAACUUUUAAAUAGCUUAUUUACAUAAGUAUUCAGACCCUUUGUUAUGAGACUCUAAAUUGAUUUCAGGUGCAUCCUGUUUUCAUUGAUAAUCCUUGAUGUUUCUACAACUUGAUUGGAGUCCACCUGUGGUAAAUUCAAUUGAUUGGACAUGAUUUGGAAAGGCACACACCUGUCUAUAUAAAGGUCCCACAGUUGACAGUGCAUGUCAGAGCAAAAACCAAGCCAUGAGGACGUAGGAAUUGUCUGUAGAGCUCCGAGACAGGAUUGUGUCAAGACACAGAUCUAGGGAAGGGUACCAAAACAUUUCUGCAGCAUUGAAGGUCCCCAAGAACACAGUGGCCUCCAUCCUUCUUAAAUGGAAGAAGUUUGGAACCACCAAGACUCUUCCUAGAGCCUGCUGCCUGGCCAAACUGAGAAAUUGGGGGAGAAGGGCCUUGGUCAGGGAGGUGACCAAGAACCUGAUGGUCACUCUGACAGAGCUCUAGAGUUCCUCUGUGGAGAUGGGAGAACCUUCCAGAAGGACAAUGAUCUCUGCAACACUCCACCAAUCAGGCCUUUAUGGUAGAGUGGCCACUCCUCAGUAAAAGUUUGCCAAAAGGCACCUAAAGACUCUGACCAUGAGAAACAAGAUUCUCUGGUCUGAUUAAACCUAAAUUGAACUCUUUGGCCUGAAUGCCAAGCGUCACGUCUGGAGGAAACCUGGCACCAUCCCUAUUGUGAAGCAUGGUGUUGGCAGCAUCAUGCUGUGGGGAUGUUUUUCAGUGGCAGGGACUUGGAGACUAGUCAGCAUCGAGGCAAAGAUGAACGGAGCAAAGUACAGAGAGAUCCUUGAUGAAAACCUGCUCCAGAGCGCUCAGGACCUCAGACUGGGGCAAAGGUUCACCUUCCAACAGGACAACGACCCUAAUCACACAGCCAAGACAACGCAGGAGUGGCUUCGGGACAAGUCUCUGAAUGUUCUUGAGUGGCCCAACCAGAGCCCGGACUUGAACCCGAUCUAACAUCUCUGGAGACACCUGAAAAUAGCUGUGCAGCGACGCUCCCCAUCCAAAUUGACAGAAGAAUGGGAGAAACUCCCCAAAUACAGGUGUGCCAAGCUUGUAGUGUCAUACCCAAGAAGACUUGAGGCUGUAAUCGCUGCCAAAGGUGCUUCAACAAAGUACUGAGUAAAGGGUCUGAAUAUUUAUGUAAAUGUGAUAUUUCAGUUGUUUAUUCUUAAUAAAUUUGCAAAAAUGUCUAAACUAGUUUUUGCUUUGUCAUUAUGGGGUAUUGUGUGUAGAUUGAGGGGGGACAAUUUAAUCAAUUUUAGAAUAAGGCUGUAACGUAACAACAUUUGGAAAUAGUCAAGGGGUCUGAAUACUUUCCGAAUGCACUGUACUAUAGUCAUUUUUAUACUUAAACCUCUUAAGAUGGGAAAACAUGUUUUAUAUUGUUUAACGUGCUCUUUAUGACAGAAUGUUAAAAUUAGGUGAAAUACAUGCUUUCUUCCCACCAAGUUACAUUACUCAAAAAGCACCGAAUUGGUGUAACGACCACCCAGGCCUGUUUAAAAUAAAAAAAUAGGCCUAGAUCUAAAAGGCACACUUUUUAUAGUAUCGUCCUUUGGGUUCCACAACUGAGACGUUUUUUCUGUAUUGUCCUGCCAAUGGCAGAAUAUUUCAUCAAAGAAACACUGCUUUUCUGGCCAUAGUGUUGCUUUCUCCAUCUAGCCUACAGCAGUGGGCAACAGGGCAUGGGGUAGAGAGAAUGGGAUGGGUUGUGAUUGAAUCACAGACAUCAGAGAUGUUCUUUCUGCAGACAGGCCUUAUCAGGUUAGCUCUGUUUCGGAGCUGGGAUCGGUAGGAUAUGUGGGAGGGGUAAAUGAUAUUUUUGUUCACUUCAAUAAUUCAUAUUGCGUUGUGUCAAGUCACUCCGGUUCAAACUGACCGUGGCGUGUGCAGAAAGUAGCUCAUCACAACGUUUUCCAACUGAUCUGUCGAUAGUGCCUGCUAAAUUCAGGGCAUCAAUGUUGUUGAGGAAAGUUGCAAAACUUUUGUAGUUCUCGAUGGCUAACGUUAUAUCUUUAAUAAAAGCCAUACUAGAAAGUAUUUUUUAACUGAGGAAAAAGGCGUUCAAAUACCUCUCCUGUGAAGUAGUGACGUGCUACAUACGCCUAGCUUCCUGAAACGGGUCAUAUACAGUGGGGAGAACAAGUAUUUGCAGGUUUUCCUACUUACAAAGCAUGUAGAGGUCUGUAAUUUUUAUCAUAGGUACACUUCAACUGUGAGAGGCGGAAUCUAAAACAAAAUCCAGAAAAUCACAUUGUAUGAUUUGUAAGUAAUUAAUUUGCAUUUUAUUGCAUGACAUAAGUAUUUGAUCACCUACCAACCAGUAAGAAUUCCGGCUCUCACAGACCUGUUAGUUUAUCUUUAAGAAUCCUGUUCUCCACUCAUUACCUGUAUUAACUGCACCUGUUUGAACUCGUUACCUGUAUAAAAGACACCUGUCCACACACUCAAUCAAACAGACUCCAACCUCUCCACAAUGGCCAAGACCAGAGAGCUGUGUAAGGACAUCAGGGGAAAAAUUGUAGACCUGCACAAGGCUGGGAUGGGCUACAGGACAAUAGGCAAGCAGCUUGGUGAGAAGGCAACAACUGUUGGCGCAAUUAUUAGAAAAUGGAAGAAGUUCAAGAUGACGGUCAAUCACCCUCGGUCUGGGGCUCCAUGCAAGAUCUCACCUCGUGGGGCAUCAAUGAUCAUGAGGAAGGUGAGGGAUCAGCCCAGAACUACACGGCAGGACCUGGUCAAUGACCUGAAGAGAGCUGGGACCACAGUCUCAAAGAAAACCAUUAGUAACACACUACGCCAUCAUGGAUUAAAAUCCUGCAGCGCAUGCAAGGUCCCCCUGCUCAAGCCAGCGCAUUUCCAGGCCCGUCUGAAGUUUGCCAAUGACCAUCUGGAUGAUCCAGAGGAGGAAUGGGAGAAGGUCAUGUGGUCUGAUGAGACAAACAUAGAGCUUUUUGGUCUAAACUCCACUCACCGUAUUUGGAGGAAGAAGGAUGAGUACAACCCCAAGAACACCAUUCCAACCGUGAAGCAUGGAGGUGGAAACAUCAUUCUUUGGGGAUGCUUUUCUGCAAAGGGGACAGGACGACUGCACCGUAUUGAGGGGAGGAUGGAUGGGGCCAUGUAUCGCGAGAUCUUGGCCAACAACCUCCUUCCCUCAGUAAGAGCAUUGAAGAUGGGUCGUGGCUGGGUCUUCCAGCAUGACAACGACCCGAAACACACAGCCAGGGCAACUAAGGAGUGGCUCCGUAAGAAGCAUCUCAAGGUCCUGGACUGGCCUAGCCAGUCUCCAGACCUGAACCCAAUAGAAAAUCUUUGGAGGGAGCUGAAAGUCCGUAUUGCCCAGCGACAGCCCCGAAACCUGAAGGAUCUGGAGAAGGUCUGUAUGGAGGAGUGAGCCAAAAUCCCUGCUGCAGUGUGCGCAAACCUGGUCAAGACCUACAGGAAACGUAUGAUCUCUGUAAUUGCAAACAAAGGUUUCUGUACCAAAUAUUAAGUUCUGCUUUUCUGAUGUAUCAAAUACUUAUGUCAUGCAAUGAAAUGCAAAUGAAUUACUUAAAAAUCAUACAAUGUGAUUUUCUGGAUUACAGACCUCUACAUGCUUUGUAAGUAGGAAAACCUGCAAAAUCGGCAGUGUAUCAAAUACUUGUUCUCCCCACUGUAUAUCUGUUUCAAAAAGUAUAGACCAGUCGUGCCAUGUAAAAUGUAGUGUGACACAAAUUGCAGUCUGUAGCCUAGCCUAAAACAUUUUAUCAUGUUGUCUUUCUUCUGUAUCAAAUCAGGCCGUUCUGCCGAAGUUUUUACUUUUCCCCUAAAAAUAAACAUCCUAAUCUCAUGGAGAUGAAAUGGGUACACAGAGUUGAUCUUUGUUUCCAUCCUCUAAUCACUGCCCUCUACUGUAGCCACAGUGCCCUCGCAUUGGAAAGUUAAUGUAGCCUUCGGUCUUUAUAUCCAAUGAUUUAGGUCAGGAAGAGGUAAACCACAGGGCUUAUGACCACUGACCAACACAUUUCCUGUUGGAAAGGCUACUUUUUCGAUCUUCAAAGACCUUUCUGAAAUCUUGGCUAUAGAUCUUGAUGAGGGUCCUUAUGUAUCAGGCCAGGAUCUAUGGAUUUUUUCCACAGAGGAAUGUUUUUUAAACAAAAUGUGCAAUUGAAGUGUGUGUACAAGGCUCGCCUCAGAUCUGUCAAUGAUGCACCCACCUAGAAACAAACCCUGUAGAAUGAGGUCUGCUAUGCUCUCCUCUCUCUCUCUCUCUCUCUCUCUCUCUCUCUCUGGAAAAAGCCUAUUUAAUAUCAUUGCUCGAUGUGAUCCCAUAUAAAAAAUAAGCAAGGGAUAAAUAAAAGUAGUACACAACAACAGUACAUUUAAAGACCAACACAGGACCCUACAGCCCACCUGCCAGCUACUCCUGGGCUCAAACUGAUUGAGUAGUUACUGUACAGUAUGUCAUAUGAAUGGACCUGUGUUGCUAGGAGACAUGGAAUGAUAAAAUCAGACACUCUUUCAUCCACAGUCUUUAGAAUGAGUGAGGAGGCAGCUCAAUAUUUCUUAUCAAGACCAUUUGGGCCAGUGUGUAGAUGUCAUAGCCAGCUAUUCAUUAGGUAUGCAAAUGAGACACAUCAAGGCUCCACCAUGUGCAGCAGGAAUAAAAUCUCAUUAGGUGGGGAUUUUUCAUGUAGUGAAAUAAAACAUUAAUUCUAGAAUGCUGUCAGCCGCUAAUGAAAUGGCUUUGUGGAUGAGGAAAUGGACAAAUGUAGCCUAGCAUUUUUUAUGAAAGGAAUAAAAUAAGUUGAUUACUCAUCAAUAACAUUUCGCCAAACAGUAACCAUUUGAAAAUUGUCGUUAUUACAGUAUAAUAGGCUACAUUCCUUGUUGACCUUGCCUUAGCAUAAUAUUCAAACUUCACCAGACGUUAGGCCUACACAAGUAAAUGUGUCAUUGGCAUCCUUAAUAUCCUAUUUUGAUAAAAUAGGUUAUUUAUUUAUCAAAGGCUACCUUGAGAACAUUUGUAUUUAUAGGGAUCCCCAUUAGCUGCUGCCAAGGCUACUCUUCCUGGGGUCCAAACACAUUAAGGCACUUACAUCACACACAAAACAUAAAACAGUACAUUAAAUAACAUUAUAAUACCACUACAUACAGUGCAUUCGGAAAGUAUUCAGACCCCUUGAUUAAGUUACAGCCUUAUUCUAAAAUGCAUUAAAUAAAUUUUUUCCCUCAUCAAUCUACACACAAUACCCCAUAAUGACAAAGCGUGACCAUGUAGUGUCAUACUCAAGAAGACUCAAGGCUGUAAUCGCUGCCAAAGGUGCUUCAACAAAGUACUGAGUAAAGGGUCUGAAUACUUAUGUAAAUAAGGUAUUUAUAUUAUUAUUUUUUAAUAAAAUGCAAACAUUUCUAAAAACCAGUUUUUGCUUUGUCAUUAUGGGGUAUUGUGUGUAGAUUGAUGAGGGGGAAAAAACUAUUUAAUCCAUUUUAGAAUAAGGCUGUAACGUAACAAAAUGUGGAAAAAGUGAAGGGGUCUGAAUACUUUCCGAAUGCACUGUACUGUAUCUACAAUACAAAAUGUAUAAUACCACCAUACAACAAUAUUACAAUGUACGUGUGUGUGCUAGUAGUUGUGUGCGUAUGCGUGUCUGUACCUGUGUGUGUGUGUGUCUCUUCACAGUACCCGCUGUUCCAUAAGGUGUAUUUUUAUCUGUUUUUUAAAUCAGAUUCUACUGCUUGCAUCAGUUACCUGAUGUGGAAUAGAGUUCCAUGUAGUCAUGGCUCUAUGUAGUACUGUGCGCCUCCCAAAGUCUGUUCUGGAUUUAGGGAUUGUGAAGAGACCUCUGGUGACAUGUCUUGUGGGGUAUGCAUGUGUGUCCGAGCUGUGUGCUAGUAGUUUAAACAGACAGCUCGGUGCAUUCAGCUUGUCAACACUCCUCCACUUUGAGCAAUGAGAGAUUAACAUGCAUAUUAUUAAUGUUAGCUCUCUGUGUACAUUUAAGGGCCAGCCGUGCUGCCCUGUUCCCUCUUUGUGGCACCUGACCACACGACUGAACAGUAGUCCAGGGGUAACAAAACUAGGGCCUGUAGGACCUGCCUUGUUGAUAGUGUUGUUAAGAAGGCAGAGCAGCACUUUAUUAUGGACAGACUUCUCCCCAUCUUAGCUACUGUUGUAUCAACAUGUUUUGACCAUGACAGUUUACAAUCCAGGGUUACCCCAAGCAGUUUAGUCACAUCAACUUGCUCAAUUUCGAAAUUUUUCAUUACAAAAUUGAGGUUUAGGGUUUAGUGAAUGAUUUGUCCCAAAUGCAAUGGUUUUAGUUUUUGAAAUAUUUAGGACUAAUUUAUUCCUUGCCACCCAUUCUGAAACUAACUGCAGCUCUUUGUUAAGUGUUGCAGUCAUUUCAGUCGCUGUAGUAGCUCACCUGUAUAGUGUUGUUUACUCAAAGCCAGUGGCAUGUCGUUAGUAAAGAUUGAAAAAAGUAAGAGGCCUAGACAGCUGCCCUGGGGAAUUCCUGAUUCUACCUGGAUUAUGUUGGAGGCUUCUGUUAAAGAACACCCUCUGUGUUCUGUUAGACAGUGAACUCUUUAUCCAAAAUAUAGCAGGGGGUGUAAAGGCAUAACACAUACGUUUUUUUCCAGCAGCAGACUAUGAUUGAUAAUGUCAAAAGCCACACUGAAGUCUAACAAAACAGCCCCCACAAUCUUUUUAUCAUCAAUUUAUCUCAGCCAAUCAUCAGUAAUUUGUGUAAGUGCUGUGCUUGUUGAAUAUCCUUCCCUAUAAGCGUGCCGAAAGUCUGUUGUCAAUUUGUUUACUGUAAAAUAGCAUUGUAUCUGGUCAGACAAUUUUUCCGAAAAGUUUACUAAGGGUUGAUAACAGGCUGAUUGGUUGGCUAUUUGAGACAGUAAAGGGGGUUCAAGAACAUGACUCAUCAUGACUAGUCCUAUUUCACAAAUGAAGUGUACUUCAAGCCUGUCCUAUGGCACGCUCCUCUGGCCAGCUCAGCACUUGACAUUUGUGUUGCGAUUAUGUAAUAUUUCAUGGGGUCACUCCAAGGAGGCAUCCGUCUGCCUGUUCCAUGCCAAUUACAGGAAGGACACGCAUGCACACCAAUAUGCACACGCAGCAAAUUAUCUCACGUUUUUCACAAAAUUGAUUAUAACGUUGCAGAUACAUUUUGGAAUGACACAAUUUCAUGUAUACAGAUUUUAAAAGACAUGCAUCACGAUACUGAGAGCUUUGCCCUUUGUAAAAGGACGUAUUUGGGUGUUUUUGUUCAUGUUUUUUGGACACCCUGGAACUGCGGAAUGAGGCUCAGGAAGUCAAUCACUGCUGGGAUAAGUUUUUCAAAACCAAGUGAAAUUGCAACAAAAAUAAAAGUGUUUGGACCCUUCUAUAACAUGCCAUUUACAUCAAAAAUACAGAUUAGGUUCCUAAAUAGUGUAUCUCUCCUUUAAUGUGUCCUCUGAUAGUGACCUGAUAAAAGGUGUCAAUAAUAGCUUUUGCCUCAGUCAGCUGCACACUUUGUCAGUCAUCCGAGCACAGGAGGUUGGUGGCACCUUAAAUGGGGAGGACGGGCUUGUGGUAAUGGCUGUAGCGGAAUAGGUGGAAUGGUAUCAAAUACAUCAAACACAUGGUUUCCAUGUGUUUGAUGCCAUUCCAUUCUCUCCGUUCCAGUCAUUAUUAUGAGCUGUCCUCCCCUCAGCAGCCUCCACUGCAUCCGAGCAUAGCUGAUUGGCCUAAUUGCAACAGUAAAUACAUUUAUCCUGCACCGCACAGGGGUGAUGAGGUGAUGGUUUGGUGUUCCAUAACCUCCAAGUAGCCUAUGACCUUCAUUACUGUACCUGUUGUAGAGACCAGUGGACCAGAUUUACUACCUGUGUUUUCUGGAUAGCUAGGCUUAGUGUUGAAAGCAGCUCAUUAAUGUCCCUAAAAACAGAGGCAACAAUGAAUCAGCUCAGCAAUGGUCCAAAUAUUUUAUGGAAUGAUUGACAAAGUUCAGAGGUAGCCUUCAUGUUUGGCUUUAUGGUAGACUAUGAUUUCCAUAAGUGCAACACUCUAUCAGCACAGUGAGCAAUGUGCCCUUUUUUACAGUAGUUACUCACCUCCACUGAACUUGUCCCUGAAAGCUAGGCUCAGUCAUCCAGCUGGGACCUGAGGCCAGGCAAAGUAGUGCUGAAUCAUCUGCUUGCCUUUUGUGGUGCCUCUGAGCCUACUAGCAUGAUGUCCUGUCCUUAUAGGAUCACUAGAUCUUCCUUCCCAGCGCCCAUCAGCCAGCCACCCAGCCUCUUUCUCUCUCUUGUCUUAUUAAUGGUCACGGGGAGGAGGAGUGGAGGUGUGUUACCCAACUACUGGCACGCCAUGACGCCGUGUUGCAGUUAGAUAGCUAGUGUACACUCUGGAAUAUGCAGGCACUGGCAGUAGAGACUAAUUUUCAGAAGGCCCAAGACAAAGGAACAUGUUGGCCUGAUUUAAGGUGCCCUAAGAUAGCGUUUAAUAUGUUUUCCUCUUAGGUGCAGCCAGCCGCUGUCUAGAUCUAACAUAGUGACUGAAUGGGAGCACUGAAGGAAAGCAGAUAUGAGCUUUCCCAAAAUAACCACUUGAUUGAGUUCAAGUUCAUCUCCACAACAAGGUUAAAAUGCAUCAUAGCCAGUCUAGAUGUCUGAGUAGCUGUGGUUAUUCGGCUGGAUCGCUCAGUGGUUCUCGGUAGUUUGGCCUGUAUGAUGAUGUGUGUGUUGAAUAGUUUUCUUGUACAGUGCCUUCGGAAAGUAUUCACACCCCUUGACUUUUUCCACAUUUUGUUAGGUUACAGCCUUAUUCUUAAAAUUGAUUAAAUAGUUUUUUUCCCUCGUCAAUCUACACACAAUAUCCCAUAAUGACAAAGCAAAAACCUGAAAUUGUUGCACAUUUAUAAAUAAAAUGUUCAGACCCUUUACUCAGUACUUUGUUGAAGCAGCGAUUACAACCUCGAGUCUUCUUGGGUAUGACACUAUGAUCUUGGCACACCUGUAUUUGGGGAGUUUCUCCCAUUCUUCUCUGUAGAUCCUCUAAAACCCUGUCAGGUUGGAUGGGGAGCGUUGUUGCACAGAUAUUUUCAGGUCUCAACAGAGAUGUUCGAUCGGGUUGAAGUCCGGGCUCUGGCUGGGCCACUCAAGGACAUUCAGAGACUUGUCCCGAAGCCACUCCUGCGUUGUCUUGGCUGUGUGCUUAGGGUCGUUGUCCUGUUGGAAGGUGAACCUUCGCCCCAGUCUGAGGUCCUGAGCGCUCUGGAUCCUGACUAAUCUUCCAGUCCCUACCGCUGAAAAACAUCCCCACAGCAUGAUGCUGCCACCACCAUGCUUCACUGUAGGGAUGGUGUCAGGUUUCCUCCAGACGUAACGCUUGGCAUUCAAGCCAAAGACUUCAAUCUUGGUUUCAUCAGACCAGAGAAUCUUGUUUCUCAUGGUCUGAGAGUCUUUAGGUGCCUUUUGGCAAACUCCAAGCAGGCUGUCAUGUGUCUUUUACUGAGGAGUGGCUUCCGUCUGGCCACUCUACCAUAAAGGCCUGAUUGGUGGAGUGCUGCAGAGAUGGUUGUCCUUCUGGAAGGUUCUCCCAUCUCCACAGAGGAACUCUGGAGCUCUGUCAGAUUGACCAUCGGCUUCUUGAACACCUCCCUGACCAAGGCCCUUCUCCCCCGAUUGCUCAGUUUGGCCGGGCGGCCAGCUCUAGGAAGAGUCUUGGUGGUUCUAAACUUCUUCCAUUUAAGAAUGAAGGAGACCACUGUGUUCUUGGGGACCUUCAAUGCUGCAGACAUUUUUUGGUACCCUUCCACAUAUCUGUGCCUCGACACAAUCCUGUCUCUGAGCUCUACGGACAAUUCCUUCCACCUCAUGGCUUGGUUUUUGCUCUGACAUGCACUGUCAACUGUGGAACCUUAUAUAGACAGGUGUGUGUACCUUUCCAAAUCAUGUCCAAUCAAUUGAAUUUACCCCAGGUUGACUCUAAUCAAGUUGUAGAAACAUCUCAAGGAUGAUCAAUGGAAACAGGAUGCACCUGAGUUCAAUUUCGAGUCUCAUAGCUAAGGUUAUGAAUACUUAUGUAAAUAAGGUAUUCCUGUUUUGUAUUUUUUAUACAUUUGCAAACAUUUCUAAAAACCUGUUUUCACUUUGUCUUUAUACGGUAUUGUGUGUAGAUUGCUGAGGAUUUUUUUGUAUUUAAUCCAUUUUAGAAUAAGGCUGUAACAUAACAUGUGGAAAAAGUCAAGGGGUCUGAAUACUUUCCGAAGGCACUAUCUUUAUUUUUCUUACUGUGGUUGUUUUGAUGUGCACAGAGAGCAGACACAUGGCAGGUGGUUGCUGAGUCACUCUAUAUGAUGAGUCUGGUUGGGGCUGUGCUGCUAGCGAUGCCUAGUCAGGCUCUGAACAGACCUUUUUUUCUAACAUACUUUUCUUUCUCUAAGCGUCCGCUCCUCUCAAAUGAAAUUGUGGACAACUCAUAAUUUCUCCAUUUCACCUAUCAUUCUUCAGAGAGCCAAGCAGUCACCAUGCUCAAAGGACACAUUACCUGCCAUGAGUUCACCGCAGUGUAAAUAAACCUGACACAGUAUUCCUCCUGAAGUCUCAUGUUGACAAUCUACGUCCUACAAGAUAGCAUCACAUUUACCAUUUGGUGGUCACCUCAACUCAGCUGUCUGAUCUGCCUAGUGGUCUAUCUGACAACAUAAACUGAGUGUACAAACCAUUAUGAACACCUGCUCUUUCAUGACAUAGACUGACCAGGUGAAAGCUAUGAUCCCUUAUUGAUGUCACUUGUUAAAUGCACUUUAAUCAGUGUAGAUGAAGGGGAAGAGACAGGUUAAAGAAGGAUUUUUAAGCCUUGAGACAUGGAUUGUGUAUUUGUACCAAUCAGAGGGUGAAUGGGCAAGACAAAAGAUUGAAGUGCCUUUGAACGGAGUAUGGUAGUAGGUGCCAGGGUCACCGGUUUGUGUCAAGAACUGCAACGCUGCUGGGUUUUUCACGCUCUACAGUUUCCCGUGUGUAUCAAGAAUGGUCCACCACCCAAAGGACAUCCAGCCAACUUGACACAACUAUGGGAAGCAUUGGAAUCAACAUGGGCCAUUAUCCCUGUGGAACGCUUUCGACACCUUGUAGAGUCCAUGCCCUGAUGAAUUGAGGCUGUUCUGAGGGCAAACUCAAUAUUAGGAAGGUGUUCUUAAUGUUUUGUACGCUGAGUGUAUAUUUUCACUUUCUGGUUCUCAAAGUUCCCUUAUCAGCAUUACCCGGAACAAGGCUCUGUUUGGACUUUAAGCGCGAUGCUAAUGGAAAAUUUAUAGAACACGUUUCAGAAUAUAAACUAGGCAAACUGAUACAGCUCUUUGGAACCUGAUUUGAAGGCUUACUGUGUAUUAUUCAAAGUGUUGUAGCAUGGCACCCGUGGCUUCCCGGCAGCUCACACAGAUCCUGCCCCAGAAACACACACACACACACGUCAUGUGCGCACACACACAAGCACAUACACACGCACACACAGACAACACACGUCACACACAUGUAUUAAACUGUGACUUGUGUAUUCACGGCAGUUCCCAAUUAAAUCAUGCAUGAUGUUUAAGUUAAGCAAGAAGCAAAUUACUUAAAAGGCCGUUGGCACUCUCUCGUCUGGCAAGUUUGUCAGAAAUGUACUCACUGCUCCAGCGAAGACAGAUUGGCCGUUACAGCACUGCAGUACAAAACAAAAAUCACUCGAAUUUGUACCUGUAGGUUUGUGAGGGCUUUUGUAUAAUAGCUACAAUUGCUUGUUGAUGAGGUAGAAUGGGGACAUCCAUCAUUCCAAGGUCAAGCACCAAAACGUUUUACAGUAGCUAGUUGUUCCUAAUAGAGUGCUUCAGUCAGUAGCUCAUUUUGGACCCUUAAGCUAGAAUGACCUGAGUAUUUUACUAUGGUACAUAUGGUCCCCAUGCAUGUCAGUAUCAUCAUCCACACACCAAGAAAUGAGGCUAUACACACACAUUGUAUUAUUGUACACACAAAUGGCACUAUAGCACACCAUUGCAAUAUGUGCACUGUGAGAUAGCCUAACCCAUUUUUUACUGCUGUGUAUUAGGCUAAAGCUGUUCUAUGAUGUUUCUGGGGAUUACUUUUAUGUCAUUGUUGUGUGCCACUCUGUGGCUGCAUCCAUUCACAGUGACUGUGUCUGUGUUUCGUUAUUCAAAAUACAUUUUUCAAUUUUACAGCCACUUUGGCAAAUGGUAGUGCAUUAGUUAGACUAGGCACUGUAGUGAUUGUAGAAGUACACAAACACAAUUAUCACAGCCUAUAAGUGGAAUUGUAAUGUUGGUUGGUGUCUUUUUGCACGUAGCCUACUUUGAGAAGGCUGCUUUUUCAGGCGAUCCAUAAUUGAUAUGUUGGAUUCACGUCUCCAUCUCAACCAAAAAUCUAAGUUAUAGAAUAGGACUAAAUCAAAUAAAGAUUUUGUUUGUAGACAAACCUGAAUUAAAGCCAGACUAAGUCAGUGACACAGAUGGUACUAUCCAAACAGAAUAUAAAUCUCCUUAAAAUGUUUAUAUUUGGUUGUGUUGACAACCAAAGACAAUUCAAUGUCACUUUUGAAAUACAAUAACUAGCAUAUUAACUUGUCGACAAAUUAACAAAUUAUAUGUUGGAUCAAAAUCAACCAGGGCUUGAAACCCUAGGCCUAUUUAGUUGAAUUCUGCGUUUAGUAAUUUUUUUAUUCUGGGUUUAGUCUAUUUUUUGUUGAAUUCAAACAAUUGCUGUUGAUGACUUUGCAAAUGCUACAAAGGCCUAAAUAGCAUCAUUGAUGAUUGAUAAAGUAUGGUCACGUUUCAUUUGCUCUGUUAAACCUACUCUUUAGAAUGACUUCAAUAGCAACAGUGAAUCUAUGUAGUUUUUAAGUGGAGCUCUCGCAAUCCUUCUCACGAUAGCACGUUGGUAAUAGUCAGUGACAAAUAUCAUAGCUAAGCAGGUCUGGGCUUGGUUGAGACCAAAAGGUAGCUGUAGAUAGAUAAAUUAUCCAGUAGGAGGUGCUGCCCAGUAUAGUUUUUUUUCUGAUAGUGGAUAUAACUUUGAAAAUCAGACGUUUUGUUAAAGGUAGAAAUUCUACAUAUUUUAUACAAGGUUUGUCGAUGUAGAAAUUUGGUUUUCUUGAUGACAUAAUUCUGUGGUUUAAAUUUGACCCUCAAAACAACAGUUUACAUUGAUGCAUUUUUUCAAAUCUAAUGUAUUUUCCGCGUAGAUUCCACGUCACAAUACGUUGACAAAUGAUGUUGAAACAACAUUGAUUCCACCAGUUUUUGCACAGUGGGCUGCUACUCUAAAGGCUAAAGAGCCUGAUAGAACGUAUUGACACCUAUCCUAUUGAUGUGAUGUAGGAGAUGUCUAUAAUUCCAUGCCUGUGUGGAAAUGCCUCCAUAGCUUAUCCCCUUUGAAUCACUAGGUUAAAUCUGUUGCCUUCAUCCAGUGUUGUUUGAUUUGAUCCUGCAAUUUUGUUCAACAUUUAUAGCCUACUUUGUUCUCUGAAGAGUGAUGGAUGGCUUCCUUCCUGGUCAUUUCCAAAGGUUUUUGGCAGAACUCACUGAGCAAGAAAAUGGAAAAAAAAAAGGUUCACUGUAUAACAACAACAACAACAAAUCGUCCAUGAGAUCAUAAUUCUCUCUUAGUCAAUUUGAAGAGCAGGCUAUUUUCCACAGUACUCUAGGUGUUGCAAUGAUCGUCAAAUAUUUCAGUGCAGUCUUAAUUCAUGUUUGACAUGUUGUUGUUGUUGUUGUUUCUUUUUCGAUAGACUGGCCUUCGUUGGAUCCCACCAUGUUGGAAGAGUUUCGGGAAGACGUAUCAAGCUGGACUGAAUCACCCUCAGCCUUAUUAGUUUCACACACUGAGGCCUCUGAGCACCUAGACGACACUACAACUACAGCUCUCCUUUCACCUGGUCCCCUACCACUUGAGUCACCUUCUAGGUCUAGUGACCCCCUCCCAAUUGGUCCAGACCCUCUGUCCACUCCCCCUUUUAGCUCUUCGGAGCCUGUGAUUGGCCUUCAGCAACAACCUGAAGGCCCUGCCCGACUCUCAAGGGACAUGAAGCUCUCUGGGCCUAUCUCAACCAUGGCAGCUACCUCUUCAACCUUUGUUACAGUACCAAACCAGAAGCUUCUCGGACCACAGUCCAACACAUCCACAACACCCUUGAACUUCUCUACAGCCACCAGUGGGACUACAUCUCCACAGUUCAUUGUCCCAAACUCUAAUGAAAGAGCUUCAGAUGAACCUCCAUUAUUACUCCCCAGCAACCAGCAAGAUCCAUCAAAACAGACAACUCCUGCACUUAUGACAUCACUUCCUGUUGGACCCCUCGACCUGCCUAGACUGCCUGUUGACAAUCUUGUAGAUGUAGCAGCCCCAUCAGACCAAGCCAGCCCAGAGUCUAGACCUAAUCCAGACGUGUCCCAGAGUUUAGGAGAUCUCUCGCUGGAUCCCAAACUGCCACUUGAGCCCUCCAGUAGAUUAAUCGAUCUGGAUCACCUGCGCCCCAACAGUGAGCUCAUGCAGAAGGACGAUGCUGCCCAAGGUAUCCACAUGCUCCUGAAACUAUCGCCUGAAAUGCAGCUGGCUCCCAGCUAUGUGCCUUUUCUGAACCCUCAGACCACGUCCUCCUCGGCCGAGCCCACCAUGGUCCCUACUGAGGACUUCUUCCCCACCAACACCAUGGCGGUGGACUGGGGCUCCGGAGACUACCUGGAGACCAUGACCUUUAUGGGCUCGGAGGGCGACGACUUCUCCCUGGUCACCAACCUGCCCACGGACAUGUACGACCUGGAGGACUCCAACGCGGAAAGCUACGACACCUCCUUCCCCUCCCGGGUCGGCGUGUCCUUCUCCUCGAUGCGUCACGUGACGUCUUCACUUAGUCUCACUACAACAGAUUACAGCUCUGGUGUUAGAAGUGUGGCCGCCACAUCUGUUCCUCCCUCUAUCCAUCCAUCUCCCAGUCACCCCAUGCUAGCCUCAACACCAACACCAACACCUCAAGGUAGUCUACCAGAAGGUUCAGAUGUAGACUGGACAGAUACCUUCACCGUUGAACCAACAGACCUUCUCCUACCAGACAUGAACAGCCUGGAGUACUACACCAUCCAGCUGACCAACGAUGACUCAGAAGAACACAGAGGCACUAACGUGACCACCACCUCCAGACGUUUCUCCCUGAUGUCCAUCAGCACCAACCACAUCAUGGCCACCAGCGCCUUCACUGUGGACCCCAGCCACAUUCUCACAGCCUCUUAUGGAGUGGAUGGAGUGGAGGUCCAGCCUUCUGACAACACUACCUGGAUCGAAGAGUCCUCUGAUAUAUCUGGCUCAGAGCCUCUCAAUACAACCACAGCAGACGGCAUGGAGAUGACUUCUCUGAAUUUCUCAGUGCCGUUCCUGGAGCCUUCAGUAGCACCAACCCCCUCCAUGGACCUCACAUCCUCCCUGUGGGGUGUCACUGGUCAGGUGUCCUCCGGGGAAUGGACGAGCCCUGUGGCCACCUCCAGUGUCGGACUGGACAGCAGCUCUGUCUUAGUGUCUGUGCAGCCUAGUGCUAUGGCCUCUGAGACAGACAUCCAGUGGUUUGUGUCCCCCACCGCCACAGAGACGGCCCUCAGCACCGCUCCCGUCACUCCUGUGUUGACCACCUCUGUCGCAUUCACCCCAGUGCCUGGUCAGACAGAAUUACCCCCCAAUGUCACCUCAGGCCCCACAGAACCAUCCACCAAUGCCACCACCUUCCCCCCGGUGUCAGUCAUGGCUGACCAAGGCAUUGAUACGGAUAGUCCUGUCACAGCGGUGACCAACGACAGUCAGACUACAGUUAGCACCCUAGACACCCCCUCCACAACUGAUCCUGCCACCACCACCACUACUACUACUACUACUACUACCACCAUCACCACUGAGGCCUCUACAACCGCUGCUCUGGCCACCACCACCCCCUUAAACAUAACAACCACGAAGAGCCCGCCUACAACCAUUGGCCGCCAGUACCUCUGUAACGUCACCAAGCCUGUGUACUUUGUUAAAGUCGGUAAGUUGAAUUACCUCUUUGUCAUAUUGAUAUACUUUUUUAAUGACAGCAACAUUGUGUGGAAUGUCAACUUGAUCAAUGUUACUAAUAGUCCCGUGUAGCUCAGUUGGUAGAGCAUGGCGUUUGCAACGCCAGGGUUGUGGGUUCGAUUCCCACGGGGGGCCAGUAUAAAAAUAAUACAAUAAUAAUAAUACUAAUAAUGUAUGCACUAACUAACUGUAAGUCGCUCUGGAUAAGAGCGUCUGCUAAAAUGACUAAAAUGUACUAAUUUACAACUCUGAAGUGUUAUUCUUUAAUUUUUCAUAUGAAAAUCAUGGUUUGUGAUUUAAUGUUUUGAUAAUAUUGUACACUUAAUUAAUCUAUAACAGAAUGUUCUCAAUGAGACAUGAUCGAGAUGAGAUGUGCUCCCUAUGUGUGCUUCCACCCUCUGCAGGUUUUCCCCCUGGGGCCACUGUUGGAUAUGCCAAAUCCCAAGUCCGAGAUGUCCUGAAGACUGAAUUCAAUAAAUCAAUUGAAUUGCAGGUACAUUAUGAUGGGGCACCAUGGGCACCUUUUAUUGGGAUUUUAAACUUCACUUAAUGAAAUGGAUAGAAGUAACAGUGAACUGAAAAAGCAGCCUUUGUCUUUAGUCUUUACAGUGAUAAAGUUAAGCUAGGCUAUACAUAAAAGCUAACAUAUGGAAUUGUUUUAAGAUGGUCAUACCAAGGAUUAUUUAGCUAUUUGAUUUUGAAUUUCUUUAUUAAAACAUUAUUGGGUGAAACAUUGAAUUUGGCAUUACUGCUAUAAGCCAAUAGAAACGCAUUGAAUAACAGAUUCACUACAUGGAACAACAGAUAGUCCCCCCAAAAAUCUAAAGUAAGUUUGUUCUGAAGUGUCUGUCCUAUAUCUGAGAGAUAUAAGAAAGAUCAGGAAACAUUUUUUAAAAACAUUUAUCCCCUUAUUUUAGGCACUAAACUAUCUCCAUAUAUACUUCCAUUCAUUUUUUAAACUGGUACCGGGGACCUUCAGACGAGUCUUGUGGGCGGAGAACACCAUCGUGUUCAUGAGUCUCAUCUUUCAAUAGAGUGGUCAUAAUAGUUUGUAGGUCAAACCGUUCGGACGCUACAAAUGAUUUUGUGAGAAGACCGAUUUUCGGGAUGUCUCAUGGUCUGACAAACACCGCUCUAGCUCUGCCACCUUUCACCGCAGAUGCGGAAGGGCGAUAUCGGCGGAUGCGGUAGAUUUGAGACACAGCCCAUGCAAAAAAACAUAUCUCUAGCUUAAACAGACAGAUUUUGAUGGGGAUGUUUUUUAUUAUGUUAAUUAGAUUUCUGCAGGGGCGCAAUCAUUGUAGGCUAAGGGUUAAUCAAGUGGGACACUCUUAGAAAAAAAGGUGCCAUCUAGAACCUUUAAAGGGUACUUCGGCUGUCCCCAUAGGAAAACCCUUUGAAUAACCUUUGUUGGUUGCGGGUAGAACCCUUUUGGUUCCAUGUAGAACCCUCGGUAGAAAGGGUUCUACCUGGAACCAAAAGGGGUUCUACCUGGAACCAAAAAUGUUCUCCUAUGGGGACAGCUGAAGAACCCUUUUGGAACCCUUUUCUCUAAGAGUGUAGGGAGCUGCAGCGGUGGGUAAGAGGCUGUUGUGUUCUAUAAUAAUCCUGGUGGUGUGUGUGGGGGUAUAGGGAUGGGAUGCGCCAGGAAGGACAGCCCACUUCCUGUUAGCUUUUUUCUCUCCAGGCUCUUUGAUAAACAAACCACAAGAAUGACUAACUGCACACGCAACACUUCAUGGCCCGGCAGUGACCUUAAAACACUGUCUCUACCGUUAACUGUUUAAAUGCUGUACAGUGCAAAGGAAAAAAGUAGUGUGUGUACAGUACCUCGUAGUUCAACCAAGGUGCAAGAACUCUGGAACAAACUGGAUAUAUUCAGCUGCAUUUGGAGGAUGGUAGAAGUUGAAAGUAAGACAAAAAGACAGUUGAAUUGAAAGACUUCAAAUACAGCCCAUCUAAACUCCAUCAUUAAAAGUGAAUAAAUAACUAUUAUUUGCCAUGAAGAGAAGUUCUAAUUAUGUAUUUUCUGUGUCUUGGUAAAGGUUGCUAAGAGCCCUCCAGACUUUGUGUUCCGGGCAGUGUCGGGUCCCUUGGUGUACACAGCCAUAUCUGUCAUCAACGCCCUGCGCAAGUCAGGCCGACGCUUCCAGCCCAUCUCACACUACUGGAAGGUACCAGACCACCAGUACCAAGUCCACUCAGGUAAGAGCACUGUUUUGUGUCGAACAAUACAAGCCACUUUUAUUUUAAUAGUGCGUACCCAGUAUGCUGGUUUCUGUUUAGGUUUUCUGCACUGUACAGUAUGUGUCUGAAUGUUUAGACUUAUCCCUGCCCUUCUGUUUCCCUGACCAGUGCUGCAGUUUGUGCCCAGCCACAUCGACGUGCGAGUCUGCAACUUCAGCGAGCGCAUUGAGAAAGGCCUGACCAUGGCGUACGCCGAAGUGCGCCGACGCGCGCAGGAGUCCACGAACUUCACUGUGCACGUAAGUGGAGACCUACUGAAAACACUGUAGCACUCCAGUCAACUAAAAUAGAGUAGAGCUUCUUCUAAUGCUCUGUUUUCAUUACCAGUCACUUACUCCUUCCUGGGUUUUAUAAUAUAAUAAUAUAAUAUGCCAUUUAGCAGACGCUUUUAUCCAAAGCGACUUACAGUCGUGCGUGCAUACAUUUUUGUGUAUGGGUGGUCCCGGGGAUCGAACCCACUACCUUGGCGUUACAAGCGCCGUGCUCUACCAGCUGAGCUACAGAGGACCACCGUUUUCACCCCCAGAGUUCAACGACUUGGCAAUGAUAAUUUGGAAUCACCCCUGAUCGCAACCCAUUUAUGUCAGAAGCACUUAGCUCACACAUUUAUUAUUACUAAAGACCACUGGCCGUGUAGCUGUGCUCUCCCUGCUAGAACUCUCUAAGAGCAGCAUCUGCUAAAAUAAGUCUGGAAGUGGAACGAAAAAGAAAGAAAAGCUCUCCAAGAGAGUCGGUCGGCUGAGGCCAGGAAACUUAGAAACUAAUUGGGUUACUGUGUGCGAAUGCAGCAGCAGUAGUGGCUUGCUUUGCUUGGAUUUGGGAGAGUAAGAGAGGCAGGAUCUGCUUGACUUAAUUGUAAUUGUUGAGGCUUGGGGAGCGACAGGGAGUAAUGGCUGAAAUGUGUGGUUUGUGUGAAUGUGUGUGCUGCAGUAAUACAACCUAAGUGCUGGUCUCAGAGACUCCAGCUCACAAGUCUGUUUAGAUCAGUGGUCACUCAUUCAAGACCAAAAUUAUCAGCAUAGGUUUAUUGAUUCAGGUUCUUGCAGAGGUUGCCCACUAAUUAAGUAAUUCAGUUGAGAAAGUGCUUAUUUGGCUGUUCAUGUUUGACGUUCUUGAACAUAGCAAGCCAAAAGGAUAUGGAGAGUGUUCAGACAUAGAUUUCAUACUCCGUUAAUGAAGGGAUUAUACUGGGCAUUAAAUUCAUAUCUGGAAAAUGCCCUUUUAAUUAUGGCUGUUCAUUUUAUUUUCAAUUCCCUUCCUAUUUCAAUUCCGGAAAUGAAAUGAAAUCAAUCUGGGCCAAGCUCUCCUGCUGCAUCACACUGCCAUGUAUGCUCACAUGUGGUUUUAUUGAUGACAGGGUUUGUUGUGCAGUCUCUUUUGACCAUUUACUGAACUUUUGAUAUCCAUCACCAGCUCAAAGACAUUGUGGGCUCUAUUUUCAGCUGGCGGUAAGAAGGCGCAAGUGUCAAACACACGUCAGUUUGCAAUUUCGUCAUGUAAAAACUGUUGCACUGGCAUUUUCCAGCCCGUACGCCAGGUUCGGCAAUUUACCUGUCUAACAUCAGCUCGCUUGCUCUGAGGUGGGAGGGGUGGAAAUAUUGGAGGUGUGUCCUUUAAAACGUACGCCAAUAUGCCAAUUUCAGUAAGUGCAACUAAGGAUAUUUAAGACUGACCAAAAGCUGGUCUUAGCGGUAACGCAAUUGGUUAUGUCAUUGAUUUUGCCAGCGGAGGCGUACACAGUAGCAUUAUGUACAUACAUUUACAUUACAUUACAGUCAUUUAGCAGACGCUCUUAUCCAGAGCGACUUACAGUUAGUGCAUACAUUAUUAUUUUUCAUACCCCCUGUGGGAAUCGAACCCACAACCCUGGCGUUGCAAACGCCAUGCUCUAUCAACUGAGCUACAUCCCUGCCGGCCAUUCCCUCCCCUACCCUGGACGACGCUGGGCCAAUUGCACGCCGCCCCAUGGGUCUCCCGGUCGCGGCCGGCUACGACAGAGCCUGGAUUCGAACCAGGAUCUCUAGUGGCACAGCUAGCACUGCGAUGCAGUGCCUUAGACCACUGCGCCACUCGGGAGACAUACAUCACCAAUGUUUUAUUAAAAUAUCACGAGCAGCAAAACAAUCAAGACGUUCCCCUUUUUUAUUUAUAUUGGACAUCUUUGUGCAGCUUCUGUGAAACAUUUGGACUUAUUAUGUGCGAUGCCCAUUGCAUGAAAGGUUUCAGUGUCUGUAGGAAGCCUGUUUAAGAACAUCAAGUUAUUUAAAAAGACUGCUUAUUGUUUUUCGUUUAUCAUUUAGUCCAGAAAUGUGUCUUCCACUUUUCUCUGUUGGACCUACAGUGAGGGAAACAAGUAUUUGAUCCCCUGCUGAUUUUGUAUGUUUGCCCACUGACAAAGAAAUGAUCAGUCUAUAAUUUUAAUGGUAGGUUUAUUUGAACAGUGAGAGACAGAAUAACAACAAAAAAAUCCUGAAAAACGCAUGUCAAAAAUGUUAUAAAUUGAUUUGCAUUUUAAUGAGGAAAAUAAGUAUUUGACCCCUCUGCAAAACAUGACUUAGUACUUGGUGGCAAAACCCUUGUUGGCAAUCACAGAGGUCAGAUGUUUCUUGUAGUUGGACACCAGGUUUGCACACAUCUCAGGAGGGAUUUUAUCCCACUCCUCUUUGCAGAUCUUCUCCAAGUCAUUAAGGUUUCGAGGCUGACGUUUGGCAACUUGAACCUUCAGCUCCCUCCACAGAUUUUCUAUGGGAUUAAGGUCUGGAGACUGGCUAGGCCACUCCAGGACCUUAAUAUGCUCUUCUUGAGCCACUCCUUUGUUGCCUUGGCCAUGUGUUUUGGGUCAUUGUCAUGCUGGAAUACCCAUCCACGACCCAUUUUCAAUGUCCUGGCUGAGGGAAGGAGGUUCUCACCCAAGAUUUGACGGUACAUGGCCCCGUCCAUCAUCCCUUUGAUGCGGUGAAGUUGUCCUGUCCCCUUAGCAGAAAAACACCCCCAAAGCAUAAUGUUUCCACCUCCAUUUUUGACGGUGGGGAUGGUGUUCUUGGGGUUAUAGGCAGCAUUCCUCCUCCUCCAAACACCGCGAGUUGAGUUGAUGCCAAAGAGCUCCAUUUUGGUCUCAUCUGACCACAACACUUUCAACCAGUUCUCCUCUGAAUCAUUCAGAUGUUCAUUGGCAAACUUCAGACGGGCCUGUAUAUGUGCUUUCUUGAGCAGGGGGACCUUGCGGGCGCUGCAGGAUUUUAGUCCUUCACGGCGUAGUGUGUUACCAUUUGUUUUCUUGGUGACUAUGGUCCCAGCUGCCUUGAGAUCAUUGACAAGAUCCUCCCGUGUAGUUCUGGGCUGAUUCCUCACCGUUCUGAUGAUCAUUGCAACUCCACGAGGUGAGAUCUUGCAUGGAGCCCCAGGCCGAGGGAGAUUGACAGUUAUUUUGUGUUUCUUCCAUUUGUGAAUAAUCGCACCAACUGUUGUCACCUUCUUACCAAGCUGCUUGCCGAUGGUCUUGUAGCCCAUUCCAGCCUUGUGUAGGUCUACAAUCUUGUCCCUGACGUCCUUGGAGAGCUCUUUGGUCUUGGCCAUGGUGGAGAGUUUGGAAUCUGAUUGAUUGCUUCUGUGGACAGGUGUAUUUUAUACAGGUAACAAACUGAGAUUAGGAGCACUCCCUUUAAGAGUAUGCUCCUAAUCUCAGCUCAUUACCUGUAUAAAAGACACCUGGGAGCCAGAAAUCUUUCUGAUUGAGAGGGGGUCAAAUACUUAUUUCCCUCAUUAAAAUGCAAAUCAAUUUAUAAAGUUUUGACAUGUGUUUUUCUGGAUUUUGUUGUUGUUAUUCUGUAUCUCACUGUUCAAAUAAACCUACCAUUAAAAUUAUAGACUGAUCAUUUCUUUGUCAGUGGGCAAACGUACAAAAUCAGCACGGGAUCAAAUACUUUUUUCCCUCACUGUAACUGUCAUAUCGCGGGAAUUCAGAUCGCUGUCCGUUGCACUGAAUCCGCUUGUUUGUUUGUUUACCUUUCAAAGUCACUACUGGCCAUAUCAACGGCGAUGGUAGGCUAUAGCUAUAUAUAUAUUUUGGAGCAGUAACGGUGAGUGUACAUUCCCCUAGCGGUUUGAGCGUUGAAAUUGCUUUAGAAAGGGGCACAAGGCAGGGAUGUCCUCUCUCUCCCAUUCUGUUUGCACUGUCAAUUGAACCGCUUGCAGAAACAAUUAGACAGGACCCAAACGUAACAAGGUAUCAGUAUUGGUAAACAUGAAUAUAAACUAAACUUAUUUGCAGAUGAUCUCCUGAUAUACUUGACCAAUAUUGAAAACAAAAUGUCCCCCUUGCAAAAAAUAUGUUCAGAAUACUCUAAAAUCUCAGGAUAUAAAAUUAAUGUGGGAAAAAAAUGAAAUAAUGGCAAUAGGAAAAAUAAAAAAAAUUACUCAUGAUCUACAGCAAUCCUUUAAGUGGACCACAAAAAAAUAUAAAAUACUUAGGAUGCUUAAUAAGUGACAACACAUAUAUAAAGAUGUAUAUUUAUCCCAUUACUUAACAAUAUGAAAGCAGAUCUAAUUAAAUAGAACAAUCUUCCCAUAAAUCUUACAGGUAGAAUAAACCUCUUCAGAAUGACAUGGCUCCCAAGGUUUUCCAUUUAUUCUCGAUAAUACCAGUUACCCCACUGAAGAAGUUCUUUAAAAAAGUAUACUCGCUCAUUAGACUUUAUAUGGGCAAAUAAAAAAAACAUCUCCCUAAGUCUGAGGGUGGUUUUAACCUUCCAGACUUGGAAUUGUAUCAACUCGCUUUUACUUGCAACAUAUAGUUAAAUGCACUAAAGAGGACCAAUGGGUACAUAUUGAAGAUGCACACGCUCAUCCCCAGAAUAUUUUGAGGUGUCUAUUUUCAAAGGAUAAAGCUAAGAACAUGAACAACUUCAUAGUUAAGAACACUAUAACAAUAUGGGAGAAAAUGAAACGUAUUCUACAAGAACCAAUAUCACUCCCUAAAAACACAACCCUAUGGAACAAUCCUUUGAUAGCUUUUCAGAAUUCACUGAUCUAAAUUGUCCCACAUGGAAACCUAUAGGCAUAGAAACCAUAAAUGACCUGGUAAUAGGAAAUAAAUGUAUGUCCAUGACAGAAUUAAAAAGCAAUUUUGGACUGACCAAUGUAGAUUUUUUUCAAAUACAUGCAACUUAAGUUUUGAUUUGAAAUCUUUUAGAUAUCAAAGCAAUCUUGAGGGAAUCCUAUUUGCGUCAGAAAAGGAUAUUCAUAUGAUAGGUAAGAUAUACAAAACCUUGCAGAGAGACUAUCCAACUGACAAUCUCAUAGAAAAAAAAUAUAAACUAUUGGAAGUAAGACUUAAAAAUAAUUGAUAUUGACACAAGAUAGUGGGAAUGUUGGAACAUACACUAUGCUGUACAGUGCAUUCAGAAAGUAUUCAGACCCCUUGACCUUUUCCACAUUUUUGUUACGUUACAGCCUUAUUCUAAAAUGGAAUAAGGCUGCUCCAGAGCGUUUAGGACCUCAGACUGGGGCAAAGGUUCACCUUCCAACAGGACAACGACCCUAAGCACACAGCCAAGACAACACAGGAGUGGCUUCGGGGCAAGUCUCUGAAUGUCCUUGAGUGGCCCAGCCAGAGCCCGGACUUGAACCCAAUCGAACAUCUCUGGAGAGACCUGAAAAUAGCUGUGCAGCGACGCUCCCCGUCCAGCCUGACAGAGCUUGAGAGGAUCUGCAGAGAAGAAUGGGAGAAACUACCCAAAUACAGGUGUGCCAAGUUUGUAGCGUCAUACCCAAGAAGACUUGAGGCUGUAAUUGAUGCCAAAGGUGCUUCAACAAAGUACUGAGUAAAGGGUCUGAAUACUUAUGUAAAUGUGAUAUUGCAGUUUUUUUUUUUUUUAUAAAUUUGCAAACAUUUCUAAGAACCUGUUUUUGCUUUGUCAUUAUAGAAAAACAAUUUAAUCCAUUUUAGAAUAAGGCUGUAACGCAACAAAAUGUGGAAAAAGUAAAGGGGUCUGAAUACUUUCCGAAUGCACUGUAUAUACAAAAGUAUGUAGACAUCUCUUCAAAUUAGUGGAUUCAGCUAUUUCAGCCACACCCAUUGCUGACAGGUGUAUAAAAUCGAGCACACAGCCAUGCAAUCUCCAUAGACAAAUAUUGGCAGUAGAAUGGCCUUACUGAAGAGCUCAGUGACUUUCAACGUGGCACCGUCAUAGGAUGCCACCUUUCCAACAAGUCAGUAGGUAACAUUUCUGCCCUGCUAGAGCUUCCCCGGUCAACUGUAAGUGCUGUUAAUGUGAAGUGGAAACGUCUAGGAUCAACAACGGCUCAGCCGCGAAGCGGUAGGCCACACAAGCUCACCGAUUGGGAUCGCCGAGUGCUGAAGCGCGUAGUGUAUAAAAAUCGUCUGUCCUCGGUUGCAACACUCACUACCGACUUCCAAACUGCUGGAAGCAACGUCAGCACAGGAACUGUUCGUCAGGAGAUUCAUGAAAUGGGUUUCCAUGGCUGUGCAGCUGCACACAAGCCUAAGAUCACCAUGUGCAAUGCCAAGCGUCGGCUGGAGUGGUGUAAAGCUCCCGCCAUUGGACUCUGGAGCAGUGGAAACGCGUUCUCUGGAGUGAUGAAUCACGCUUCACCAUCUGGCAGUCUGACGGACGAAUCUGGGUUUGGCAGAUGCCAGGAGAACGCUACCUACCCGAAUGCAUAGUGCCAACUUGACUGGCCUGCACAGAUCCCUGACCUCAACCCCAUCAAACACCUUUGGGAUUAAUUGGAAUGACUGCAAGUGAGGCCUAAUCGCCCAACAUCAGUGCCCGACCUCACUAAUGCUCUUGUGGCUGAAAUGGGGCAAGUCCCCGCAACAUUGUUCCAACAUCUAGUGGAAAGCCUUCCCAGAAGAGUGGAGGCUGUUAUAGCAGUAAAGGGGGGACCAACUCCAUAUUAAUGUCCAUGGUUUUGGAAUGAGAUGUUCAUUUUACAUUUACAUUUUAGUCAUUUAGCAGACGCUCUUAACCAGAGCGACUUACAGGAGCAAUUAGGGUUAAGUGCCUUGCUCAAGGGCACAUUAACGUCAUUUAGCAGACGCUCUUAGCCAGAGCGACUCACAAAUUGGUGCGUUCACCCUAUAGCCAGUGGGAUAACCACUUUACAAUUUGGGGGGGGGGGGGGGGGGGGUUAGAAGGAAUACUUUAGCCUAUCCCAGGUAUUCCUUAAAGAGGUGGGGUUUCAAAUGUCUCCGGAAGGUGGUGAGUGACUCCGCUGUCCUGGCGUCGUGAGGGAGCUUGUUCCACCAUUGGGGUGCCAGAGCAGCGAACAGUUUUGACUGGGCUGAGCGGGAGCUGUGCUUCCGCAGAGGAAGGGGAGCCAGCAGGCCAGAGGUGGAUGAACGCAAUGUCCUCGUUUGGGUGUAGGGACUGAUCAGAGCCUGAAGGUACAGGGGUGCCGUUCCCCUCACUGCUCCAAAGGCAAGCACCAUGGUCUUGUAGCGGAUGCGAGCUUCAAUUGGAAGCCAGUGGAGUGUGCGGAGGAGGGGGGUGACGUGAGAGAACUUGGGAAGGUUGAACACCAGACGGGCUGCGGCAUUCUGGAUGAGUUGUAGGGGUUUAAUGGCACAGGCAGGGAGCCCAGCCAACAGCGAGUUGCAGUAGUCCAGACGGGAGAUGACAAGUGCCUGGACCAGGACCUGCGCCGCUUCCUGUGUAAGGCAGGGUCGCACUCUCCGAAUGUUGUAGAGCAUGAACCUGCAGGAGCGGGUCACCGCCUUGAUGUUGGCGGAGAACGACAGGGUGUUGUCCAGGGUCACGCCUAGGCUCUUCGCACUCUGGGAGGAGGACACAGCGGAGUUGUCUACCGUGAUGGCGAGAUCAUGGAACGGGCAGUCCUUCCCCGGGAGGAAGAGCAGCUCCGUCUUGCCAGGGUUCAGCUUGAGGUGGUGAUCCGUCAUCCAUACUGAUAUGUCUGCCAGACAUGCAGAGAUGCGAUUCGCCACCUGGUUAUCAGAAGGGGGAAAGGAGAAGAUUAGUUGUGUAUCGUCAGCGUAGCAAUGAUAGGAAAGGCCAUGUGAGGAUAUGACAGAGCCAAGUGACUUGGUGUAUAGGGAGAAAAGGAGAGGGCCCAAAACCGAUCCCUGGGGGACACCAGUGGUGAGAGCACGUGGUGCGGAGACAGCUUCCCGCCACGCCACUUGGUAGGAGCGACCGGUCAGGUAGGACGCAAUCCAGGAGUGAGCCGCGCCGGAGAUGCCCAUUUCGGAGAGGGUGGAGAGGAGGAUCUGAUGGUUCACAGUAUCAAAGGCAGCAGACAGGUCUAGAAGGACAAGAGCAGACAAGCAGGUGUCCACAUACUUUUGGUCAUGUAGUGUAACUAACAAAAUUACAGUUAACAAAAAAUUUACGCUUAAUCCAGUAUAAACUGGAUUGUAUAGAAUGUAUUAUACAGGAAGCAAAGUUCGCAUAUUCUGCAGCACAACAGCAUCGUCAUGUCUUGGGUGUGAAACUAGCAAUGAAUCAAUGGUACAUGCCUUCUGGGAAUCCUAUGGAGUCCAGGGGUUAUGGGCGUAGUUGGAAUGUUGGCUGUCAGAAGUAUUACAAUGUAAAUUUACUUUUAAUCAGUCUGUCUGCAUAUUUCAAGAAAUGGCAUUUGAGGGUGCAGUGAGAUAACCGAUGGGUUGGUUGAUACUUUUCCCGUCAAUCAUCUUGAAAAUACUGUAAAUCAAUCAAUCUUCCAUCGUUAACACAAUGGAAAGGUCAAAUGCUUUAUUAUCUAAAUGUUGAAAGUGUGUGGGCGACGGAGAUAAACAAAAUGGUGCGGUUUGAGGCCAUGUGGCAGAGAGGGAUGCGGGGGCUGGAGAUGGGGGUGUUAGCAGGUGGGUCUGGGCAGUUGUGAUGUCAUUGAAGUUUGUGUGUGUUGUAUGCUGUCGUUUGUAUGUGUAUGUUUUGUAUUGUUUAAAAAUAAAUACAAUCUUACAAAAGUGUGAAAGCUAUGUUAACAAUAUAUUUCCAUACUGAAGCCAUGCAGUUACAUUACAUUUACAUUUACAUCAUUUAGCAGACGCUCUUAUACAGAGCGACUUACAAAUUGGUGCAUUCAACUUAUGAUAGCAAGUGGGACCACCACUUUUUUUUACUGGGUUUUUUUAACUGUUUUUUUACUGUUCAAAAACAUGUUCAACGUAUUUAGCAAAUAUGGGAUAGGCCUACAUUUAGUUUCUGUAGGCUAUUUACCAAACGCAAUACAUAAAAUACCGUAAAUAUACAACUUGAAGCAACCACAUAUUUAGCCAUGGGAAACAUUCUGAUUGGCCAGUGAGGGGUCAAGCCUCGACACUCCUUCAACUUGUUAAUUCAUCAAAACCCAGCCUUUUCGCGCCACCGCCAGCUACUGCGCCCGUAAUUCUGGUUGUGAAAAUAGCAAAAAUAUUUAUGACACACACCAACGUAUAGCUCUACUGCCAGCGCAUACAUUUACCAUUGCUUUAUGUUUGUUAAAAUAGAGCCCUGUAUAUGUGUAUGUAAUCUUUUCCUAGAUUGUGAACAUCACCAUGAAUCAGCCCAGGAGUCAGCAGAGGGAGCCAGUGGACGUGACCUUCGCGGUGCGCGACGCCGUCGGCUACCUGAAGGGGUCAGAGGUCAGCAACCACCUGAGGCUGCUCAACAUGGUGGAGUUCAGCUACUACCUGGGCUUUCCCGUGCUGCAGAUCGCCGAGCGUGAGUCCAUUACCAUACUGUCUAAUGGAUUGGGAUUUUAUGCCAAGUACCCCUACUGGGAUGUUCCCUUGGGGGAAAUACAUGUAUUCUAAUCGAUUGUAUUCUAUUAGUCAAUCUGCUUUACCUUCUAAGCACCUAUUUUAUACCUCAAUAGGGAGUAUUUUUAGGUUGUCUGUACUUGCCUGAUUUCCCUCUCUUCUUUUCCCAAUAGCUUUUCACUACCCAGAGUUGAACACCACCCAGUUGCUUCGCUCGUCUUGGGUUAGAACAGGUAUGCUUCCCCUUGUCAACACCUCUGACUUUGGGUGGAAUACUUAAUCUAAAUCUCAACUGCAGCUAGAGGAUGGAUAUACAUUCAAGGGCCUAUAUUCUAGCUGUGUGAUAGGCAAUGUGUUGGCUCUGUAUUCCCUGUCCUGUGUGAUAUCAUAACCCUCUGUUUCCCGUCCAGUGAUGCUGGGUGUGCUGGACCAGGGGGUGGACGGUCGGACCUUCCAGGCCAAGAUGGAGCGUCGUGUGGCCCUGCUGCUGGGAGAGGUGCUGGGGGUGGCCAGGCGUACCAAGAGAGCCACCAGCGUGGCCAACCACAGUGUUCAGGUAACCACAUCAGAGACACUAUACUAUACUGAGAAUCAUCUUAGUUAUCUCGUGCUGUGCUUGACUAUAGCUCUUAAGUACACCAAGUACAGCUCUCACCCUGUGGUAAUAACUCCUAGGCUAGGCUGUGAUACUGAAGAGAGUAAGCCCGAGUCGUGUGUGACCUGACAGAAAAACAACCUGGGUUUCCUCAGCCAGCCACUAACCCACAUCCAGUCUCCAGGUUUAUUAGAGUGGAAUGAUGAACAGUGUGUGGCCCCACAUGAACCACACCCCUUCACACACACACACACACACACAAACACCUCCAUAUCCAACUCUCUCUGGCUGUGGACUUUCACAGGUGAUGCCAGCGUACUGAUUCUGUCAAGUCAAACUAGGGCUUCUUUGUGACAGGCUGAGAGAGGCAGCAGGGUUUUAGUGAUCACAAGUAGAGCAGACAGUCUCACUGUGUUAUUUAGAGCCAGACAAACACUGACGACAGUCCUUGAAAUGCAAAAAAACAAGAGGCCAGAGCAGUCUAAUAUGACAUUUUAUUUUCAAGGCUAAAAACAGAAAAGCACCAUCAUUACAUUUGUGUGGGUGAAUAAUCAUAUUCAUACUGAGGGGAAAUGAAGUAGAAUGCCAUUUGCCGAGACCUAUUAGAAUUCCACCAAUAGAGCCCCACAGUGGGGGUGUCAUAAUACCCAUAAAACCUACCGGUCAAACAGGGAAAUGGUUCCAAUUGUUUUUCCACCAUUCAUUUUUCCCAUAGGGGAUUUUAGAAAACACUUAAAAUAAGGGCUGUGUUUCGUGUAGGCUUACCCUGACGUGACAUUUUGAUAACCAUGUAAAUCUCUCUCGGACAAGGUUACUUUUAUCAAUAUAUUUGGCUCUAUUUACUCUCAGAUUCGAAAAUGCUAAUUGGCAUCAAAGUAGACAUGCAAAACUACCAAUCCCUGCAAGCUCCGACACGUCAUCUCUAGCUGACACCUUUUCUAACAGGUAUUGUGUCAAUUUAAAACUUGCACAAGACAGUUCACAGAAUUGUCAAUUUAAAGAAAUGUUGCCAAUUUAUUCAUUACUACAUUUAGCUAAAAUUAGAUAGUUAAUCCAGAGAUUCUUACCUUUGCCUCGAUUCGUCAGUCUCAUCCAGAUCGUAAUUUUUUUGGGGUAAAUACAGGCGAAUAUAUUGAUAAAAGUCACAUUGUCCUAGAGAGAUUUACACUGUUAUCAAAACGUCAUGCCACGGUAAGCCUACACGAAACACAGCCCUUAUUUUAAGUGUUUCUAAAAUCCCCUAUGGGAAAAAUGAAUGGUGCAAAAACUAUUGGAACCAUUUCCCUGUUUGACCGCUAGGUUUUAUGGGUAUUAUGACUCAUACUGUGGUACUCUAAUAGACCUCUAAUCAUAGCCCAUACCUGACACACAGGUUCUGCUAAUUCACUACUCAUGAAACGUCCGUGGGUCUAUCAGUGGAGAUCUGGGAAGCAGAUCUCUGAGGGUGCUAUGAUAUUUAUCACUAACAUCUCCCACCUGCAUGUACACCAUCGCACCCUCUCUGCCUCCUCCACAGGGCCUGAUAACAUUUCCCUCCCCACAACUAGAGCAGAUUUCUGGUUUUAUAAUAACUCCAGCUGCCAGGCAGAAUGAGAGAGAGCGAAAGAGACAGAUAAUUAAUAAUUGAUCUGCUAUUAGUGACUGGCGACACAGCUUUCAAGUAACGGGUCUUGAAAGAAAGAAAAAGAGACUUGGUGGUUGGUCUUUGAGUGGCUGGCCUGUGAUGAAUAGGUGGUGUUGCCAUGGAUACCCUGGCCUAUCCUGUCCCCUAAAUGUUGUUGUGAAGAGAGGGAGAGGGGAGUAGAGCAGGUGCUGUGGAGAACCACAAAAGGCAGAGCUUGAUUAGUAAAGCAGUGUGACUCUGGGUAGAAAAGACUACAAGCCCUCGAUAAUGAGUCUCACUGUUCCGAUUCAUGGAGAGCUCACCACGAGAAAUAAUAUAGACCUGAGUAAAGAAGGAAGCUUUUACCAGUUGAUGUGACUAACACUGUACUAUUCUAACUCUGUUUGCAGCCACAUCCACCAAUACCCCUUCUAGACUACUGCUACAUUAUUGUGGGGGCUAUAUAUAGGUAUUGGUUGAAGCUCAAUGUUACAUUCAAAUCUCCCCACCGUCAUAUCUAAGCCAAUGUGACACUAAUCUCGAUGAAAAUUCAGAAAUCAACUUGAUUUGGAGGUACACAACACACUCCCCGCCUCUCGUCAUGAGCCGUCCGGCCGUUACCGAGAACCACAUAGCUGAUUUUUUUAAAGGGUCAUUAGCAAUUUAUUUGUAAGAGUAUUUCUUGCGCCGACCUAGCUCAAAUUCUAGACGUCGGAUUAAAAAGAGACUAUAGCGUCAAUAAAGUGACCAUUGUACUUAAAAAAUGCAGGAUGGAAUACGUUUGUAGGUGCAACAGUUUUUAUUACAUUUAUAAUGUAUCGCUCUCACGUGCUCAAUACUGUCUGUUAUGAAUCAACGAUGUGCUACCUUUUUGUAGCAUUUCUGACAAUUCUAACAUCGUUUUUAGCCGAAACUCAGAGUUUUAACACCAGGUUGGUUGCUCGGCAACAACACAGCUGCUUGCACCAUGCUUCCAGUCAUAAGAAGUGUAUGCGAUCAAACCUAAUCUACUGUAUAUAGCUAGAUAUAUGGUGGUAUUCAAGCUGAGGUUAAUCAAUAAAUGCAAACAGAUAUUUUGAUUAGCUAGGUAGCUAACGUUACGUAGCUAAUGAUAGCUUGCGUGUACAAAGUCCAGCAGCUAGCCUCUGUAGCUAGCUACCACCAGUCAGCUGAAAGCUAGCUAGUUAACAAACAGGCAAAUAAAGGUAGCUAGAAUGUGCUAGAUAGCUAACGUAACGUUAUACCAGUCAGAUGAGAGUUAACGUUUGCUAGGUAGCUAACCAACAAGCGAGGAAAGCUAGCUAGCUAACUAUAUUUUGCCAAGUAAGGUUUUUCACAUAAGCCUGAAAUCAUCAUGUGUAAACUGCUGAUCUAGACACUUGCGUGUAAUCGUUGCACAAACAAAUAUGCACAACUAAACUAGCGAACAUCCUUGGCUGCUAUGAUAGCCAAUUAACUUUAGCUAGCUAAGUAACCUUAGCCAACGUAAGAUUGUACGUUAGCUAAUGUGUAUGGCCAGAUCAUACUUUAUUACACAAGACAUAACUAGUUACGUUUAAAACCACCACUUUGGGAAAAUGCCACGCUCCUCACGUUCAUUUGCAUUGCACAGACCAAGCUACAGUAAAAGUAAAAUGAGGUAGCCAGAUUUCAGACAGGACGAACACUGCAGUUAGCUAACGUUACGCUACAUUUCCUUCGAAAAACAACCAAGACCACACAAACCAUAGCCAAGAAAACAAAUUGUUUUGUUAAGAAACAGUAAGCUAGUUAUGAACCGCAUAUAGUAAAUGUUUGAAUCCCAAACGCAUAUGUAAACAGAAUCUGAAGUUGCCAUGCACAAGUAAAAAGUAGUCAGUAGGCUGCACCAGUGUAAAACAAUGUCAGAGUCACUGCAUGCACUACAUGCUGUGUUGCAGCCUGUUCUCAUAGACUAGACGUAAAUUAGUAUGAUAUGUUACGUUGGGAAUGGUUACAUAAGACAGCAGGUUACUUAAGGAAAAAACGAGGGUAGUUAGUCGGGGUGGAAGGAUGGGCGGAUAAUGCGAAUGUCUAGCAACCCAAAGGUUGAGUGUUCCAAUCUCAUCAUGGACAACUUUAGCAUUUUAGCUAAUUACCAACUUUGCAGCUACUUACUACUUUUUAGCUACUUUUCAACUACUUAGCAUGUUAGCUAACCCUUCCCCUUAACCCUUUAACGUAACACCUAACACUAACAUUAACCCUAACCCCUAGCCUAGCUACCGUUAGCCACCUAGCUAACAAUAACGUUAGCCACCUAGCUAACGUUAGCAACAACAAAUUGGAAUUCGUAACAUAUCAUACAGUGCAUUCGGAAAGUAUUCAGACCAUUGACUUUUUCCACAUUUUGUUAUGUUACAGCCUUAUUCUAAAAUGGAUAAAUAAGAGUGGCGCAGUGGUCUAAGGCACUGCAUCGCAGUGCUAACUGUGCUACUAGAGAUCCUGGUUCGAAUCCAGGCUCUGUCGCAGCCGGCCGCGACCGGGAGACUCAUGGGCGGCGCACAAUUGGCCCAGCGUCGUCCAGGGUAGGGGAGGGAAUGGCCGGCAGGGAUGUAGCUCAGUUGAUAGAGCAUGGCGUUUGCAACGCCAGGGUUGUGGGUUCGUUUCCCAUGGGGGGCCAGUAUAAAAAAAAUAAAAAAUAAAUGUAUUCACUAACUGUAAGUCGCUCUGGAUAAGAGCGUCUGCUAAAUGACUAAAAUGUAAAUGUAAAAAUAUUAAAUCUACACACAAUACCCCAUAAUGACAAAGUGAAAACAGGUUUUUAGAAAUGUUUGCAGAAAUACCUUAUUUACAUAAAUAUUCAGACCCUUUGCUAUGAGACUCGAAAUUGAGCUCAGGUGCAUCCUGUUUCCAUUGAUAAUCCUUGAUGUUUCUACAACUUGAUUGGAGUCCACCUGUGGUAAAUUCAAUUGAUUGGACAUGAUUUGGAAAGGCACACGCCAGUCUAUAUAAGGUCCCACAGUUGACAGUGCAUGUCAGAGCAAAAACCAAGCAAUUAGGUCGACGGAAUUGUCUGUAGAGCUCCGAGACAGGAUUUUGUUGAGGCACAGAUUUGGGGAAGGGUACUAAAACAUUUCUGCAGCAUUGAAGGUCCCCAAGAACACAGUGGCCUCCAUCAUUCUUAAAUGGAAGAAGUUUAGAACCACCAAGACUCUUCCUAGAGCCAAGAACCCGAUGGUCACUCUGACAGAGUUUCACUGUGGAGAUGGGAGAACCUUCCAGAAGGACAACCAUCUCUGCAGCACUCCACCAAUCAGGCCUUUAUGUUAGAGUGGCCAGACUGAAGCCACUCCUCAGUAAAAGGCACAUGACAGCCCGCUUGGAGUUUGCCAAAAGGCACCUAAAGGACUCUCAGAACAUGAGAAACGAGAUUCUCUCGUCUGAUGAAACCAAGAUUGAACUAUUUGGCCUGAAUGCCAAGCGUCACAUCUGGAGGAAACCUGGCACCAUCCCUACGGUGAAGCAUGGUGGUGGCAGCGUCAUGCUGUGGGGAUGUUUUUCAGCGGCAGGGCUGGGAGACUAGUCAGGAUCGAGGGAAAAAUGAACGGCGCAAAGUACAGAGAGAUCCUUGAUGAAAACCUGCUCAGGACCUCAGACUGAGGCGAAGGUGCACCUUCCAACAGGACAACAACCCUAAGCACACGGCCAAGACAAUGCAGGAGUGGUUUCGGGGCAAGUCUCUGAAUGUCCUUGAGUGGCCCAGCCAGAGCCCGGACUUGAACCUGUUCGAACAUCUUUGGAGAGACCUGAAAAAAGAUGUGCAGCGACGGUCCCCAUCCAACCUGACAGAGCUUGAGAGGAUCUUCAGAGAAAAAUGGGAGAAACCCCCCAAAUACAGGUGUGCCAAGCUUGUAGCGUCAUACCCAAGACUCAAGGCUGUAAUCGCUGCCAAAGGUGCUUCAACAAAGUACUGAGUAAAGGGUCUGAAUACUUAUGUAAAUGUGAUAUUUCAUUUUUUAAAUAAAUUUGCAAAAAAUUCUAAAAAACAGUUUUUGCUUUGUCAUUAUGGAUUAUUGGUGUAGAUUGAUGAGGGGAAUAUAGAAUAAGGCUGUAACUCAGUUGGUAGAGCAUGGCGCUUGCAACGCCAGGGUUGUGGGUUCGAUUCCCACGGGGGGCCAGGGGGGCCAGUAUGAAAAUGUAUGCACUAACUGUAAGUCGCUCUGGAUAAGAGCGUCUGCUAAAUGACUAAAAUGUAAAUGAAAUGUAAAUGUAAAUACAAGUACAAACAACUUUAAGCAAUAUAUUAUUUUGACAGAGGUAAUGAACUGUCCAUUGAUCAGCACAGCAAUUGAUAAAACAGGACCAUGUUUGAAACACAAGUGGUUCUGAGCUUAAUUCAAUAUUACAAAGGUAGACUAACCAUUACAGAAAUCAGGAAUACAGGCAGGCUCUAUCUAUCUGAGCUACUGUGUCCAACACACCACCACCUGUUAUGUUGGGCACCUACUGACCAAAAAAGGAUGUGAUUUUGAUUUUUUUAAUUAUGACAUGUUUUGCUAAAAUAAGGGUUCAAGGAAAUACAGGCAUGCACCACAUUACUACAAGACAAAACAGCUCAAUCAAGCAAGAUGGUCUUGUAAGUAUAAAAGCAAAGCUUGCAUUCAUUUAAUUAAAAAAGUAUGAAAAGGUAGCGUAAUGGGAUAAUGUCUUACUGUGGUGUGUGAUGAAUCCAAUACUUUACCUUGUAUGCGGUACAAAUAACAUUAUUGUGGAAGCAUCUCCUCUAAGAGUAUGAAUUAGGCUGUUUGAGAAGGUUUGAAUCCUAAGCAACCUGCCUACACCAUAGUUUGAAGUACAUUACCAACAUAUCUACUGUAGUAGGUCAAAGCUGUGUGUUGGAAAACCUUGGUAGAGCAUGGGAUGGAAUAGGCAUCGUGGUGCUCCUGAAUUUCCUUUCUUUUUCUGCUUCAGACCAAUGCCUAUUCUCACUUAAAAUGUAUGUUUUUGUUUUUAAUAGUUAUUGGAUAACGGGGAAAGAAAACCAGGUAGUGUUGCAAAAUUCCGGUAACUUUCCCAAUAUUCCCCGGUUUUUCAGAAAUCCUGGUUGGAGGAUUCCUGGAUUUCCCUGUUUAUUCCCUCGUGAUUCCAGGAAUCUUCCAACCAGGAUUUCUGGAAAACCAGGGAAUUUGGGGAAAGUUACUGAAAUUAUGCAACCCUAGUACAAGGCAUUGUCGCAGCAACUUUCCAGUCUAUAACUGCUGAUGUUAACAGUAACACACAUCUCCCUCCAGAUUGUGAGUACGACCAGGCUGGUGGGAGCGGACCACCCUCUGGAGAUGGUGUACUUUGUGGACGGUCCUAGCGGACAGCGGCUGCCUGCCAUCACCACAGCCAACAUUCUGAACAGACUGGAUGUGCAAAGGGCAGCCAUCGUACUGGGCUACAGAGUACAGGGCAUCCUGGCUACACGUAAGUAGAGCCUUAGCCUAGUUAGAGAUGGCAAGACAGCACAAACAGAAAUUGGGAACAGGGUAAGUCUGCCUGCCCACGCUACCCUUACUGGAGUUGAAAUGAGCUGAGCUCAGUUGAAUUGGAAUAUGAAUGAAGGACCCCUGUUGUAUACACAGCAAUCAGCUUUGAUGUAUGGAGCACCUCCUCCAUAUAUACAUCCAUGAAUCAGUGCAUUCAUUGGCACAGAAUAGUGUUCAUUAAGCCUUUGGAGCUCCUGAUCAUAGGACAGUAAAUCUGCACAGUUAAAAGAAUACCGACUAAUUGCUCAGUAUAUGUUGGUGUUUAUUUGGCAGCGUUUGAACUAAUUACCUCAUCCUAUACACUGGGCCAAAUGCCUCGCCUCCUCAUUAUAUAUCCAUGUUCGAGAUGUAAGCCUAACUAACACAGUCAGAGUCAAAGCACUUCAAGGGAUUUCUGUCCCUGCUUUAAGGCUGCUCUUAUGGCAGGUGAGGGUUUUCCCAGGGGAUACGGCAAGCCUUAGCUAAGCCUAAUGAAGUCCCUUAAUUGCAGAGUAGCAGCAGAAGAACAGACAGCCGUAAGACGUGUGUGUGUGUGUGUGUGUGUGUGUGUGUGUAGCAGGCAGUGUAACUACUGUAGCUGUUUAUGAAUGAACUCUGUGUGGAAGUUUGGAAUUCUGAUGGGGAUGGGGACAAAAACACAUAGACACAGACAGACGUGCACACACAGACAGAAAGACAUACAGACAGACACAUACAUGUAAUUACACAUACAGUGGGGGAAAAAAGUAUUUAGUCAUCCACCAAUUGUGCAAGUUCUCCCACUUAAAAAGAUGAGAGAGGCCUGUAAUUUUCAUCAUAGGUACACGUCAACUAUGACAGACAAAUUGAGAGAGAAAAAAAUUAACAAAAUCACAUUGUAGGAUUUUUUAUGAAUUUAUUUGCAUAUUAUGGGAGAAAAUAAGUAUUUGGUCACCUACAAACAAGCAAGAUUUCUGGCUCUCACAGACCUGUAACUUCUUCUUUAAGAGGCUCCUCUGUCCUCCACUCGUUACCUGUAUUAAUGGCACCUGUUUGAACUUGUUAUCAGUAUAAAAGACACCUGUCCACAACCUCAAACAGUCACACUCCAAACUCCACUAUGGCCAAGACCAAAGAGCUGUCAAAGGACACCAGAAACAAAAUUGUAGACCUGCACCAGGCUGGGAAGUCUGAAUCUGCAAUGGGUAAGCAGCUUGGUUUGAAGAAAUCAACUGUGGGAGCAAUUAUUAGGAAAUGGAAGACAUACAAGACCACUGAUAAUCUCCCUCGAUCUGGGGCUCCACACAAGAUCUCACCCCGUGGGGUCAAAAUGAUCACAAGAACGGUGAGCAAAAAUCCCAGAACCACACGGGGGGACCUAGUGAAUGACCUGCAGAGAGCUGGGACCAAAGUAACAAAGCCUACCAUCAGUAACACACUACGCCGCCAGGGACUCAAAUCCUGCAGUGCCAGACGUGUCCCCCUGCUUAAGCCAGUACAUGUCCAGGCCCGUCUGAAGUUUGCUAGUGUGCAUUUGGAUGAUCCAGAAGAGGAUUGGGAGAAUGUCAUAAGGUCAGAUGAAACCAAAAUAGAACUUUUUGGUAAAAACUCAACUCGUCGUGUUUGGAGGACAAAGAAUGCUGAGUUGCAUCCAAAGAACACCAUACCUACUGUGAAGCAUGGGGGUGGAAACAUCAUGCUUUGGGGCUGUUUUUCUGCAAAGGGACCAGGACGACUGAUCCGUGUAAAGGAAAGAAUGAAUGGGGCCAUGUAUCGUGAGAUUUUGAGUGAAAACCUCCUUCCAUCAGCAAGGGCAUUGAAGAUGAAACGUGGCUGGGUCUUUCAGCAUGACAAUGAUCCCAAUUGCAGAUUCAGUCUUCCCAGCUGGUGCAGGUCUACAAUUUUGUUUCUGGUGUCCUUUGACAGCUCUUUGGUCUUGGCCAUAGUGGAGUUUGGAGUGUGACUGUUUGAGGUUGUGGACAGGUGUCUUUUAUACUGAUAACAAGUUCAAACAGGUGCCAUUAAUACAGGUAACGAGUGGAGGACAGAGGAGCCUCUUAAAGAAGAAGUUACAGGUCUGUGAGAGCCAGAAAUCUUGCUUGUUUGUAGGUGACCAAAUACUUAUUUUCCACCAUAAUUUGCAAAUAAAUUCAUUAAAAAUCCUACAAUGUGAUUUUCUGGAUUUUUUUUCCUCAUUUUGUCUGUCAUAGUUGACGUGUACCUAUGAUGAAAAUUACAGGCCUCUCAUCUUUUUAAGUGGGAGAACUUGCACAAUUGGUGGCUGACUAAAUACUUUUUUUCCCCACUGUACAUGAUUGUACACACACUCCAUAAUGUUGUAUGUCAUGUUAUAUGUUAUUGAUUUAUCUAUGGCCAUCUUCCUCUGUACUGUAGCUGUGGAGAAGGUGGCAGGGUACCCUCCCCCGGACACAGAGAACACCAGCAUGUGGAUCAUCAUCGGCGUGGUGGUGCCUCUAGGCGUGGUCAUCGUCAUCAUCUCCAUCCUCUACUGGAAGCUGUGUCGCACCGACAAGCUGGAGUUCCAGCCUGACGCCAUGACCACUGUCCAGCAAAGACAGAAGGUGAGGGAGGAGAGGAGAGGAGGAGGGACGAUGGGCCAAGAGCAUGGUCUUAGAGUCCCCCGUUUCUAUGUGUGUGUUUAUUCACCUCUUUUAACCUGCUGUCAUCAUCUUUCCAUCUCUGGAUGUGUUGGGUCUUACAUGUUAUGUUGCCUGUCUCUUUGUCCAUAGCCACUGUUUUAUAUCUCCCAACUCUACACACACUAUGGGUUGUUGGAUUACUGUUUCAGUCUUUUCUGUUCUGAACAUUUUCUAACUCUAUGUAUCCCUCUCUGGCCUAUCUACAGCACCUCUGUAUGUGGUAUAUUGUAUUGUUAGUUAUCUCUCACACUGACAGCUAUUUUCCCUCCUCUACCUUCACACACAGCAUGGAGAGAUUUGUGUUAUCAGCCAGUCGGCUCCUCUGUGUCUCUCCACUGUUUGUGUUAUACAGUUAUCUCCCCUCUUAAGGACAUAUCUGUAUCCAGGCCUCUAUAUCUCCCUGGCAGUGCAUUCCUCACUUGUUUUUCUCCAUGUCUAUGAGGCACCCUGUCCUUGUUAUUAUUGGAGGGCUGUAGUUCUCAAACUAUGGGGAGUUGUGGUGAUCUCAGGUUUGAUUUCUGUGGGGCGAAGCCUAACUUCAUCUUCAGUCAAAUGUUCACUUAGUCAUCCAUUGAUGUCAAUGGUAGACCAAGUGAAAAUGUGACUUAAGUGGGAUUUGCCCCUGUGCUGAUAGGCUAUACUGUAUGGGAGCUUAGAGUAGUAGAGUACAGUCGUGGUCAAAGGUUUUGAGAAUGACACAAAUAUUCAUUUUCACAAAGUCUGCUGCCUCAGUUUUUAUGAUGCCAAUUUGCAUAUACUCCAGAAUGUUAUGAAGAGUGAUCAGAUGAAUUGCAAUUAAUUGCAAAGUCACUCUUUGCCAUGAAAAUGAACUUAAUCCCCCAAAAACAUUUCCACUGCAUUUCAGCCCUGCCACAAAAGGACCAGCUGACAUCAUGUCAGUGAUUCUCUUGUUAACACAGGGGAGAGUGUUGACAAGGACAAGGCUGGAGAUCACUCUGUCAUGCUGAUUGAGUUAGAAUAACAGACUGGAAGCUUUAAAAGGAGGGUGGUGCUUGAAAUCAUUGUUCUUCCUCUGUUAACCAUGGUUACCUGCAAGGAAACACGUGCCGUCAUCAUUGCUGUGCACAAAAAGGGCUUCACAGGCAAGGAUAUUGCUGCUAGUAAGAUUGCACCUAAAUCAACCAUUUAUCGGAUCAUCAAGAACUUCAAGGAGAGAGGUUCAAUUGUUGUGAAGAAGGCUUCAGGCGCCCAAGAAAGUCCAGCAAGCGUCAGGACCGUCUCCUAAAGUUGAUUCAGCUGCGGGAUCGGGGCACCACCAGUGCAGAGCUUGCUCAGGAAUGGCAGCAGGCAGGUGAGAGUGCAUCUGGACGCACAGUGAGGCGAAGACUUUUGGAGGAUGGCCUGGUGUUAAGAAGGGCAGCGAGGAAGCCACUUCUCUACCGGAAAAACGUCAGGGACAGACUGAUAUUCUGCAAAAGGUACAGGGAUUGAACUGCUGAGGACUGGAGUAAAGUAAUUUUCUCUGAUGAAUCCCCUUUCCGAUUGUUUGGGGCAUCCGGAUAAAAGCUUGUCCGGAGAAGACAAGGUGAGCGCUACCAUCAGUCCUGUGUCAUGCCAACAGUAAAGCAUCCUGAGACUAUUCAUGUGUGGGGUUGCUUCUCAGCCAAAGAACACUGCCAUGAAUAAAGAAUGGUACCAACACAUCCUCCGAGAGCAACUUCUCCCAACCAUCCAAGAACAGUUUGGUGACGAACAAUGCCUUUUCCAGCAUGAUGGAGCACCUUGCCAUAAGGCAAAAGUGAUAACUAAGUGGCUCGGGGAACAAAACAUCACAUUUUGGGUCCAUGGCCAGGAAACUCCCCAGACCCUAAUCCCAUUGAGAACUUGUGGUCGAUCCUCAAGAGGCGGGUGGACAAACAAAAACCCACAAAUUCUGACAAACUCCAAGCAUUGAUUAUGCAAGAAUGGGCUGCCAUCAGUCAGGAUGUGGCCUAGAAGUUAAUUGACAGCAUGCCAGGGUGGAUUGCAGAGGUCUUGAAAAAUAAGGGUCAACACUGCAAAUAUUGACUCUUUGCAUAAACUUAAUGUAAUUGUCAAUAAAAGCCUUUGACACUUAUGGAAUGCUUGUAAUUAUACUUCAGUAUACCAUAGUAACAUCUGACAAAAAUAUCUAAAAACACUGAAGCAGCAAACUUUGUGAAGACCAAUACUUGUGUCAUUCUCAAAACUUUUGACCACGACUGUACUAUCUCCCUCCCCUGCUGCCAAUGAUCCAGCCUCAUGCUGGAGAGGAUCACAGGCUCCAUAUGUGGCAGCAGCCCAUGCUGGAGAGAGGAUAACAGGCUCGCUAUGUGGCAGGCAGCCCAACAGUAAUUGGCUCUCACUGCAGUAAGGCACAGCAGCUGUGUUCUUGCCCAGGGCUGCCCCCACUGUACUGCAGCUCCACACAGCUCUGCAAGAUCCCCCUGUCUGGUCUGUCUGUGUUGUUUUUAUGGGUUAUCCUGUCUCUCUGAUUGAUCCGUUUGUCUGCCUUCUUUUCCUCUGCCUCUGACCUCUCUGUCCAACUGGAGUGAGGCAGCCGCACACUGAUGUGUAGAAGCAUCUAUCCUUCCUUACCUCAGUCUAAGACCCCUGCCAUCCAUCACGUAACACCUCUCCUCUUUCCAUUUCUAUCUCUUUUCCUCUUUCUAUUUCUGUUCAGUUCGCUCAAUCGUUCAGGGAAUCAUCGUUCAGGGAAUCAUCGUUCAGGGAAUCAUCGUUCAGGGAAUCAUCGUUCAGGGAAUCAUCGUUCAGGGAAUCAAGGUCUCGUCUUCCAAUCAAGAGGCAAAUAAUGAUUAGUGAGAGUGAGGAGGAAGAGGAGGAUGUGGAGGAGGAAGAAGAGGAGGAAGAAGACGAGAGAAAGGGGAAGGUACAGAGUAGAAGCUAGUAGUUUGUAGAAGACCCUGAAGAGAAUGGGUUGUGUAGUGGAUUUGAGUCCAUUGGUUGUUGUGAGUAGUGUAGUUAAGGGGCAAUAAAGUCCCAUGGUAGUGAAUAGAAGACCCAAGGACCUGGUCAACUCAUCACAUGUAUCAAUCCCCAUCCCACCCACUGCAUCCACUCAGGGACCAAACCUUCCUCCUCCCAAGCCAAAGCCCAAGCAGAAAAGUGAGAGCUAUGAGGAGGAGGAAGAAGAGGAAGACGAGGAGGAAGAAGAGGAGGAGGAGGAAGAAGAGGAAGACGAGGAGGAGGAGGAGGAAGAAGAGGAAGAAGACAAGAGAAAGGGGAAGGUACAGAGUAGAAGCUAGUAGUUUGUAGAAGACCCUGAAGAGAAUGGGUUGUGUAGUGUGUAGUGGAUUUGAGUCCAUUGGUUGUUAUGAGUAGAGAAUGAUAGCAAAUUGGCCCUGUAGUUAAGGGGCAAUAAAGUCCCAUGGUAGUGAAUAGAAGACCCAAGGACCUGGGCAACUCAUCCCAUGUAUCAAUCCCCAUCCCACCCACUGCAUCCACUCAGGGACCAAACCUUCCUCCUCCCAAGCCAAAGCCCAAGCAGAAAAGUGAGAGCUAUGAGGAGGAGGAAGAAGAGGAAGAUGAGGAGGAAGAAGAGGAGGAGGAGGAAGAAGAGGAAGAAGACGAGAGAAAGGGGAAGGUACAGCGUAGAAGCUAGUAGUUUGUAGAAGACCCUGAAGAGAAUGGGUUGUGUAGUGUGUAGUGGAUUUGAAGGUAGGAGGAGGAAGAAGAGGAAGAGGAAGAAGAGAAAAAGAAAACAGUGUUGAAAGGGAAGCAGAAGGUACAAUGUACUGUAGAAAGAUAUAGUCUUCUCCAUAUUAGACAUGCUGGCCUGUCUCCAGGCUUUAGAGAGCGGCCGGUCAGACACUGAGAUGUCAGCUAGUCUGGCCUAGUACUCAUGUUCAUGUAUUAUAGAAUAAUAAUAAUAAUAAUAAUAUGCCAUUUACCAGACGCUUUUAUCCGACUUACAGUCACACUGCCACCGUACCACACUAUGGCUCUCAAAAUAAAACAUUGUUGGCAUAUGGUAAUUGAUUCUUCUGGUGGAUCACUCAACAGAGUUGAUAUACACAGCUCUGUCUAGAAUGCAGAGGCUUUUUUGUGUGAACACUGUCUGUCUGUCUGUCUGUCUGUCUCUCUCUCUAUCUCUCUCUCCUCUAUCCUCAGCACCAGGCUCCCAGUGUGAAGGGCUUUGACUUUGCCAAGCUGCACCUGGGCCAGCACAGUAAGGAUGACAUCAUGGUAAUCCAGGAGCCUGGUGCCCCCGGCCCUCCCCCACCCAUCUCCAACACCAAGGAGGCUGCCGCCACCUCGAAGAACGGUGAGGUCCCCACCCCCAGGUCAAAAGGGACCUCCAUCUCCUCCACCAAGGCGUCCCGCAGCGCAUGCAGACGAGGAAGGUCAGUAGCCCCCCCCCCCCACAGUUUGUGUGACUGCGUGCGCGCUUUCGUGUGUGCAUGCUAAGUGGCUUUGUAGCUCUGCCUCAUUCACCUCAGCAGGGAGAUUCCAGUAGACAAAUGCUUUGAAAGAUGUUCCAUUCACAACAGCCCAUCUUAAUCAAUUAUUAACACAAUACAGUACAAUAGAUAUUUGUUGUCUUUUGUUUAGCGGGGCUUCUACCUGCCAUAUAAGCCAGGUAGAAAAUAUAAAAGCAGUAACAUAUACUUCCUACUGUCGGCCGCUCAGUUAAUUUUCGGCACCAUGUCCCACACAGCAGGGUCAGCAGUUUCGGAGUAACCUAACGCUGGACUCUUCACAGUCACACCAUCACAGCUAAAUCAAUGAUGUCAAUACGAGAUGGUCUAUUCUCGUGAGACAGAAUGGUCGCUCCGACUAAAAUAUAAUUUAUCCUCGCUAAUUGCUUUAGCUAAUAGCAUAUUAAUUAGGCUUGAAUGCUGGAGUGGCAGUUAGCACUCUCAAUCCGGUGAUGAGUGUGAUGGGUUGCUGUCACAUUGUCACUAAUGUGUAGCGCAUUAAAAGAGAGGAUUGAUAUCGACAUGUCCUCCACUCUGGACAGCUGUUCUAAAAGUGUUGGAUAGGAAUUUAAUUAUACUGUCAAUGGGAAUAAUGCUGGUGAUCGAUUACAACAAAAGGUUUCUUUCUUUCGAGGAAAAGCCAUUACAAAAAGGAUUUCCCCUGAUGAACUAUAGUGUUUUGUUCUGUUGACCUAUUUUUAAAAAGCACUGUAAGUAUGUAGGUGUGGCACGUAUCGUAUGUGUUCUUACAUCUACUUGCUUCCAUGACACGUGUUUCCAGGGACAGGAUCUCUCCGUCGGACGGGGACUCCAUGGUGAGCGCUGGGUCCAGUGAUCGUGAGAGGGAGUUAGCCGAGGAGAACCUGAGAGCCUUCGCCACGCCCAACGACAGCAAGCAGGCCCGCAAGAUCCCCAUCAAUGUUUUAAAUGGCAAGUGUCCAUGGCAACACUGGCUCACAUCCAUGCUCUCAAGUACACAGAGAGAAGAGGAGGAGGAGGGGGAGGAGAGAGAGAGACAAAGAGAAAGAGCAACUCAUGUUGAGAGGAAAAACAGGAGAAUAGAGAGACUUUCAGGAAGAGAAACAAGCAACUGAUAGACAGACCAGGAGAGACAGAGAGAGACAGAAGGAGGAGAGACUGCGUUAGUGUGAAAGGGAGAUAGGUAGGGUGUCUGACAGCCUGUUGAAAGGACCAGGCCUGUGUUGUGCCACUCUGGCCUGGUUGCUGGGUGUGUACAAUGUGCAGACAGAGACCGAGCCAACACCAGCCAGGCUCAGACUGAACCUGACUCACCACAGAGGCAUGGUUCCAGCAGUAUGACCUCACAUCCCUUCCUCCUGCACUCUGCCGUACACUCACAAUGUCACACACACACACUACCUCUCACACGCACACUACCUCUCAGGGCUGCUCCUCAGCAUGCUUUCCCUUUUCUCCUCUCACACGCACACUACCCCCUCAGUCUAAAUAGGCUUAGCUGAGGUCAGGAGACCAAACGUUAUCAGCACUGGAAUUUCUUCUUCUAAAUGAGUUGCUCUGCCUUGCCUGUCUGCCCUGAUUCUGCUAUGGAUGUCCAAGACCUGACAUAGCGGAGUAGCGUAUACAAAUGUUCCAAGACCUGACAUAGCACUCAAAGUAGUGUAUACAAAUGUUCCAAGACCUGACAUAGCACUCAGAGUAGUGUAUACAAAUGUUCCAAGACCUGACAUAGCACUCAGAGUAGUGUAUACAAAUGUUCCAAGACCUGACAUAGCACUCAGAGUAGUGUAUACAAAUGUUCCAAGACCUGACAUAGCACUCAGAGUAGCGUAUACACAACUAUGAUGAUGUAGUGCAGAGCUAUGCAAAGACUUCAAGUAUUUUUUCUAAUGUCUGGGACUGUCUAACCUAGGUCUAUUGAAAUGUAAGGACAAACUGUAGCCUAUGUCAAUAUAUUUCAAACAGGAUUACAUUAUCUUUAACUUUUUUCUUUCUGUCUACUGUUUUCCCUUAACUUUUAUCUUUCUUGUCUGUUGUGGCUUGCAGGAAAGAAUAGAAUUGGUAAGAGUUAUUCUUCUGUCUGUCGGUGUUGUAGACAUGAGGCUUUGUGACUUGAUGUGUCUGUGUGACCGUGAUGUGACGUCCAUUGUGUUGCGAUUGCUUUGUGUUGUGCAUCUUAUCAAUCACCACUAUUGAGAUGUCAGAUGUUUCGUCCCAGAGAUGGGGAACAAUGAAUCUUGAACAACAAGCUUAAACGUUUUUCUUGUAGGCUACCAAACAUCUGAAUUAGUGUCUUACGUUGGUAUACAUCAAACAUAUCAUCAAUACAAAUAAUCUUGAUAAUGGUGAAAUUAUUCAUCCAAUUCAGUGCAGAUAAGAAUCAUCCGUGCACAGAGAAUGCUUGUUGUUAUUGUAAAAGAGAAUUUGAGAAAAUGUGUUCUCAUUGACUUCCCUUGCUGAAAAAAGGAUCUGCCCCCUGGUGGUGUAAAGAGUUACAUGACACCUGUGACAAACUUCCAGACCUUGCCUGGUUGUGAUGUUGACCUUCAUUUCCCUCCCUGGUCUCCCUCAGGUCCUCCUCCCAUGAACGGCCAUGACGAGCAUCUCUCCUCAGCCUCCAUCUUUGAGCAUGUGGACCGCAUGUCGCGCUCGGCCGACGGCACCCGGCGCCUAUCCAAUAAAAUUCAGCUCAUCGCCAUGCAGCCCAUGGCUGUCCCGCCCCAGCACCACAGCCCCACUGUCAACGGCAUUAACGGCAGAGGGCCAGAUACACACAACAUCUUUAACAAGGAGGUGAGACACUGACCCGCCCACACACUAACACCCUUACUCAUACACAUGUAUACAGGUUACAGUAAUGUCAUUCAUUACCUUACAUGGAGCGUGUAUGAACAGUAGACGUCUCUGAACCUCUCUAUUCUCCCUCCUGUCUGGACAUACAAAGAAAAUAUAUUUUAUGUUAGUGAGACUAACCUACACUGAGUGUAGAAAAAAUCAGGAACACCUGCUCUUUCCAUGACAUAGACUGACCAGGUGAAUCCAGGUGAAGGCUAUGAUCUCUUAUUGAUGUCACUUGUUAAAUCCACUUCAAUCGGUGUAGAUGAAGGGGAGGAGACAGGUUAAAUAAAUAUUUUUAAGCCUUGAGACAAUAGAGACAUGGAUUGUGUAUUUGUGCCAUUCAGAGGGUGUUUAAGUGCCUUUGAACAGGGUAUGGUAGUAGGUGCCAGGCGCACCGGUUUGAGUGUGUCAAGAACUGCAACGCAGCUGGGUUUUUCACACCCAACAAUUUCCUGUGUGUAUCAAGAAUGGUCCACCACUCAAAGGACAUCCAGACAACUUGACACAACUGUGGGAAGCAUUGGAGUCAACGUGGGCCAGCAUCCCUGUGGAACACUUUCGACACCUUGUAGAGUCCAUGCCCUGACGAAUUGAGGCUGUUCUGAGGGCAAAAGGGGGUGAACUCAAUAUUAGGAAGGUGUUCCUAAUGGUUUGUACACUCAGUGUAUAUAAAUCAUGGUUAAAUGAAAUAUACAUUAUGUAUACUAAAGCUGCAUCUGGCCAGGUGUUUCUCACUGCAGUCAUGUCUAUUAUUCAGAUCCAGGUGGCGUUGAGGCAUAAGUCUGAGAUCGAGCACCACCGUAACAAGAUCCGUCUGCGGGCCAAGAGGAAGGGUCACUAUGACUUCCCUGCCAUGGACGACCUGGUGGACAAUGGUCUGACCACUGACCCAAAGGACCAGGACCGCAUCUACCACAAGGCCCAGAUGCAGAUUGACAAGAUCCUGGACCCUGACAUCCACAUGCCCUCACUGUUCAUGGAGCCUAAAAAGAGGUCAGGGGUUAUUUGGGUAGGGGAGGGGUAGGGUGCACACAGGGAGGGGUGCGUGUACAGUAGGCUAAAUGUAUCUGAGGAAGCUGCACACUGCAAAAAGUCGAAAUAUCUUAUAUUGAGCAAUAAUUCACUUUAAAAAAUGUUUUCUUACCAAGCUAAAUUAUCUAACGUCUUAUUUCAAGAUAUUUUUCAAGAUAUUUCACCUUAAUCAUCUUAAAUAAGAUGAAUUACUUGUAUUAAGCUUUUUUUAGGUUGAAAUAAGCAAAAUUAUCUGCCAAUGACGUUAGAUAAUUUAGCUAGAUAAUUAAUUUUAAGUUAAUUAUCACUAUGAUAUCAGUGUGUCUGUAUGUUUCUCAUUAUAAAACAUAUUCUCAAGAGAAUGAGUUAUCCAGCUAUUUUUGCAAAUGACUGACAGAGAGAAAUCAUUUUUGGAGCUGUACACCAUCCAGAAAUGUUUUGACAAGUUUGUUUUGUUGUGAUAACUUUGAACUCUGGAGAAAUCUACCAGUAUGAGAGAUGUUCUGACAAUGGAAAUGUACAGUGCAUUCAGAAAGUAUUCCGACCCCUUGACUUUUUCCACAUUUUGUUACAUUACAGCCUUAUUCUAAAAUGUAUUAAAUAAAACAUUUUCCUCAUCAAUCUACACACAGUACCCCAUAAUGGCAAAGUGAAAACGGGUGUUUUAUACUGAAAUACCUUAUUUACGUAUGUAUUGUAUUCAGACCCUUUGCUAUGAAACUUGAAAUUGAGCUCAGGUGAUCCCGAUGGUCACUCUGACAGAGCUCCAGAGUUCCUCUGUGAAGAUGGGAGAACCUUCCAGAAGGACAACCAUCUCUGCAGCACUCCACCAAUCAGGCCUUUAUGGUAGAGUGGCCAGACGGAAGUCACUCCUCAGUAAAAGGCACAUGACAGCCCGCUUGGAGUUUGCCAAAAGGCACCUAAAGGACUCACACCAUUACAUUUACAUUUUAGUCAUUUAGCAGACGCUCUUAUCCAGAGCGACUAACAGUUAGUGAGUGCAUACAUUUUCAUACUGGCCCCCCGUGGGAAACGAACCCACAACCCUGGCGUUGCAAGCGCCAUGCUCUACCAACUGAGCUACAGGGGACUCACGUCUGGAGGAAACCUGGCACCAUCCCUACGGUGAAGCAUGGUGGUGGCAGCAUCAUGCUGUGGGGAUGUUUUUCAGCGGCAGGGACUGGGAGACUAGUCAAUGUACAGGGAGAUCCUUGAUGAAAACCUGCUCCAGAGCGCUCAGGACCUCAGACUGGGGUGAAGGUUCACCUUCCAACAGGACAACAACCCUAAGCACACAGCCAAGACAACGCAGGAGUGGCUUUUGGACAAGUCCAUGAGUCGCCCAGCCAGAGCCAGGACUUGAACCCGAUUGAACAUCUCUGGAGAGACCUGAAAAUAGCUGUGCAGCGACGUUCCCCAUUCAACCUGACAGAGCUUGAGAGGAUCUGCAGAGAAGAAUGGGAGAAACUCACCAAAUACAGGUGUGCCAAGCUUGUAGCAUCAUACCCAAGAAGACUCGAGGUUGUAAUCGCUGCCAAUGGUGCUUCAACAAAGUACUGAGUAAAGGGUCUGAAUACUUAUGUAAAUGUGAUAUUUAAGCUUUUACAAAAAUGUCAAAAAAACUGUUUUUGCUUUGUCAUUAUGCGGUAUUAUGUGUAGAUUGAUGAGGGGGAAAAACAAUUUAAUCCAUUUUAGAAUAAGGCUGUAAUGUAACAAAAUGUGGAAAAAGUCAAGGGGUCUGAAUACUUUCCGAAUGCACUGUAUAACACGUUUUUAAAAUGCGCCCUCAGUUUGCAAACAUUUUAGGGAAACAGAAAAAGCUAUCUCCAUUAAAUAAUAAACCCUGAACAGUCAAUUUUGAUGUCUCUAUUCAAAUUGCUGGGAUUCCAUUCCAAACGACCAGUAGAUAACAUUCCUAGCCUAAAAUGUUUGAUUCUGUCGGUGGUUGCAUCUGACAUAGCGCCCUAUUCCCUAUAUAGCACACUACUUUUGAGUGUACUUCUUUUGAGUGCACUAUAUAGGUUAAAAGUAGUGUGCUAUAGGGAAUAGGGUGCCAUUUUAGUGUGUCCACGAUGUGAGGGAAGUAACUGUAUGAAAGGUGGGCUACUAGUCUGUAUUGACAUGUGUGUGUCUCUCAGUGGCAGGGGGAGGCGUUCUCCCAAGCAGAGGAAGAAGCACCAGCUGAACGGCAGCCUGACAGACGCAGACAAGGACCGCCUCAUCUCCAACGACAGUGAUGGCACCUACAGGAAAUACCCCGGGGUCAACAACGUGGCCUAUGUGGUGGGUAUACCUGUGGAACAUAUUGUAUACACCAGUGGAGGCUGGUGGGAGGCGCUAUAAGAACAGGCUCAUUGUAAUGGCUGGAAUGGGAAAUGGAACGGUAUCAAACAAAUCAUACAUAUGGAAGCCACGUUUGAGUCUGUUCCAUUUAUUCCAUUCUAUAUUCCUUCUCUAGCUCCUCCCACCAGCCUCCACUGGUACACGCACACAAACACUCACACAGACAAACAUACAUCAAUAUUCUUCCAAUGGAGAUCUCAACCAGCGCAGGGAUAAAGUGUGCUUUAAAAGUCAACACCAUAAUGUUAACGGACAGGGAUGUCUUCUUGGUCCGGGUCCAGAUGUAACAUACUGUACAUAAAACAUGAAUGUUCCUAUUCCCCUCCCCUCUCUUUACAUUAGAAAAAUCUAGUCUCUUAUUGUCAGAGUUAGUAUGGAAUUUUUAAAUGGUGUUUUCCAGGCCUGUAAAAGUUUUGGAAAAUGAUCAAAUCCGAAAAGUUUUGGAAAAGUCAUGGAAAUUCAUUUAAUGUAAUUUAUUUUAUCAAUAUUUUAUAAAUCAAAUAAAAAUCAACAUAUCAGCCAGGAUCGGAAUGAAACUUCAGCAGUCUGUGUGUGCGAGACGAGUGGGCCAUUGAACAUUGCAGCAGCAGUUAGGCCUAGCCUAUAAAAUAUGAUAGAGAACAGACUGACUAGGUAGCCAAUUUAAAACAUAUCUUAUACCUUCUAGUUAACUGUUUAGCGAUUGAUAGCAUGUAUUAUUGUUUUCGUCAUCUCCCAAAAAACGUUCCACCGACACUCGCGAAUACGGCCAUACAAAGUUGAUUUACUUUUUUGAACAAUUCAUAUGAUUCAUUUAAACAAUUAAUUUUUGACAAAACAAACAAUUCACUUCGCCAAUAUAUUAGUUGGGAUUCGGUUCAAUCGUGGUGACUCGAAUCAUUUGAAUCAAAAUAAUACUUUUUGAAUCUUGAACAUUAAUUUUAGGAAAAAAUAUUAAAUAAAUAAAAAUAAAUAAAUAAUAUGCCAUUUAGCAGACGCUUUUAUCCAAAGCGACUUACAGUCAUGCGUGCAUACAUUUUUUUUUUGUGUAUGGGUGGUCCCGGGGAUCGAACCCACUACCUUGGCGUUACAAGCGCCGUGCUCUACCAGCUGAGCUACAGAGGACCAGGCUACAUAUUAGAUGUAGCCUUUCUUUUGGAUUAUGUGGCUUCAAAGCUUGUUUUGUAGAUACCUCCAGUUGAUUUGGGCAUCCAAUGUAUGGGACAAUGCAACUCAAUAGAUGGUAGUCAUCCUGCAAAGUAAACACUUCUAAGGUAGCUAAGAUAAAUGUGACUAAACUAGAAAUAGGUCAAUUUCCUGAAAACUUGUUGGCUUGCUUCAGCUCAAUAAAAAUAUUUGUAACCUAUCAUAGCUGAUAUAUUGAAUGAGCAAAUUUUUUCAAAAGGCAUGAAACGUAUUUGGUUGUAGUGUUGCAGUGUUUUACAUCAAGGGUGGUCAACCAUCCUCCAGGAGAGCUAAUGGGUGUGCAGGCUUUUUUUCCAGUCCCCCUCUAACAAACCACAUUUUAGAAAUGAGCAUCUCAACCGGACCUUGAUAAACUGGCUCUGAUAUGUUUGAGCAGGGCUUGAUCAAUGUCAUGGAAAAUGUCAUGGAAAAGUCAUGAAAUUCCAUCUGUCAAAAUGUGUAUGAACCCUGUAUUGUUCCCAGUCGGACCCUGACCAGGCCCCAGAGUCCGGGACCCCCUCCCCCAACGACGACGUGUUCCUGGGCUCCAUCUCGCCCCCUCCGGGGCAAGCCCCUCCCCCGCCCCCCUACAUGCCCCCCCUGCCCUCCAUCGAGGAGGCCAGGCAGCAGAUGCACUCCCUGCUGGACGAUGCCUUCGCCCUGGUCUCCCCCACCUCCCAGGGCAGCACGGCCGGCAUCACACUGCCCGGGGUCAACUCCAACCCCCCCAGCUCCAGCCCCCCACCUCACGGUGGAACCCGCCCCUGGGGUACUUCCUACCCAGCCCUCAGCCCCUUCUCCUCAGUAAGUACUAGGCCUUUCAAUAGACCUAUUGAUUACCUAACACAUCUGUACUGUAAAUUAGCCUUAAGCCUGCUCUGGAAUACUCUACAUACAGUUGGGAGAACAAGUAUUUGAUACACUGCCGAUUUUGCAGGUUUUCCUAUUUACAAAGCAUGUAGAGGUCUGUAAUUUUUAUCAUAGGUACACUUCAACUGUGAGAGACGGAAUCUAAAACAAAAAUCCAGAAAAUCACAUUGUAUGAUUUUUAAGUAAUUAAUUUGCAUUUUAUUGCAUGACAUAAGUAUUUGAUCACCUACCAACCAGUAAGAAUUCAGUCUCUCACAGACCUGUUAGUUUUUCUUUAAGAAGCCCUCCUGUUCUCCACUCAUUACCUGUAUUAACUGCACCUGUUUGAACUUGUUACCUGUAUAAAAGACACCUGUCCACACACUCAAUCAAACAGACUCCAACCUCUCCACAAUGGCCAAGACCAGAGAGCUGUGUAAGGACAUCAGGGAUAAAAUUGUAGACCUGCACAAGGCUGGGAUGGGCUACAGGGCAAUAGGCAAGCAGCUUGGUGAGAAGGCAACAACUGUUGGCGCAAUUAUUAGAAAAUGGAAGAAGUUCAAGAUGACGGUCAAUCACCCUCGGUCUGGGGCUCCAUGCAAGAUCUCACCUCGUGGGGCAUCAAUGAUCAUGAGGAAGGUGAGGGAUCAGCCCAGAACUACACGGCAGGAUCUGGUCAAUGACCUGAAGAGAGCUGGGACCACAGUCUCAAAGAAAACCAUUAGUAACACACUACGCCGUCAUGGAUUAAAAUCCUGCAGUGCACGCAAGGUCCCCAUGCUCAAGCCAGCGCAUGUCCAGGCCCGUCUGAAGUUUGCCAAUGACCAUCUGGAUGAUCCAGAGGAGGAAUGGGAGAAGGUCAUGUGGUCUGAUGAGACAAAUAUAGAGCUUUUUGGUUUAAACUCAGCUCGCCGUGUUUGGAGGAAGAAGAAGGAUGAGUACAACCCCAAGAACACCAUCCCAACCGUGAAGCAUGGAGGUGGAAACAUCAUUCUUUGGGGAUGCUUUUCUGCAAAGGGGAAACUGACGACUGCACCUUAUUGAGGGGAGGAUGGAUGGGGCCAUGUAUCGCGAGAUCUUGGCCAACAACCUCCUUCCCUUAGUAAGAGCAUUGAAGAUGGGUCGUGGCUGGGUCUUCCAGCAUGACAACGACCCGAAACACACAGCCAGGGCAACUAAGGAGUGGCUCCGUAAGAAGCAUCUCAAGGUCCUGGAGUGGCCUAGCCAGUCUCCAGACCUGAACCCAAUAGAAAAUCUUUGGAGGGAGCUGAAAGUCCUUAUUGCCCAGCGACAGCCCCGAAACCUGAAGGAUCUGGAGAAGGUCUGUAUGGAGGAGUGGGCCAAAAUCCCUGCUGCAGUGUGUGCAAACCUGGUCAAGACCUACAGGAAACGUAUGAUCUCUGUAAUUGCAAACAAAGGUUUCUGUACCAAAUUUUAAGUUCUGCUUUUCUGAUGUAUCAAAUACUUAUGUCAUGCAAUAAAAUGCAAAUGAAUUACUUAAAAAUCAUACAAUGUGAUUUUCUGGAUUGUUGUUUUAGAUUCCGUCUCUCACAGUUGAAGUGUACCUAUGAUAAAAAUUACAGACCUCUACAUGCUUUGUAAGUAGGAAAACCUGCAAAAUCGGCAGUGUAUCAAAUACUUGUUCUCCCCACUGUAUAUGUUCCAAUUAAAUUAACUCUGAUUAUAUUAGGAAUAUUUACAAUAUGAUACACACUGAGUAUACUAAACAUUAAGAACACCUUCCUAAUAUUGAGUUUCAUCCCCCCAUUUGCUCUCAGAACAGCCUCAAUUCGUUGGGGCAUGGACUCUACAAGGUGUCGAAAGCAUUCAACAAGGAUGCUGGCCCAUGUUGACUCCAUUGCUUCCCACAGUUCUGUCAAGUUGGCUGGAUGUCCUUUGGGUUGUGGACCAUUUUUGAUACACACAGGAAACAUUUGAGCAUGAAAAACCCAGCAGCUUCGCAGUUCUUGACAUAAACCGGUGCGCCCUCUGAAUGGCACACAUACACAAUCCAUGUCUCAAUUGUCUCAAGGCUUAAAAAUCCUUCUUUAACCUGUCUCCUUCCCUUCAUCUACACUGAUUUGAAGUGGAUUUAACAAGUGACAUCAAUAAGAGAUCAUAGCUUUCACCUGGAUUCACCUGGUCAGUCUGUCAUGGAAAGAGCAGGUGUCCUUAUUGUUUUGUAUACUGAGACAAAGGAGCAGUAUAUCAUAAAUGAUAUAUAUGAAUCACGGAGUUUCCAGUCCAGAUGCAACCGCUUUGAACAAAUGCCAACACUAUAUUUCUAGUGCAAUAAUAGUGGAUAUGCCAGCGCUUUAAAUUUACACUGCAUUCCUUUCUUAAAUAGAACACCGUCUGCUGUUCAAAGUUCAUUUUAGGGCAUUUGAAGCAAGACCAGAACCAAUAUGUUACAGAAUAUAGGUUAUUUGAUAAGAGCAAAUAUAGUCUAUUCAGCUGCUCUAAAUAAAUAUUUUAUUUGACCUUUCCUGUUUUGUUUUAUAAAGUUCACCCCCAGUCAUUUUAAAUUCAUACAGACAUCUUAGGAGAGUAAGAGCUCUGUUGUCUAAAACCAGCCCAAUAUAAAACCAGUUAGCUACCUCAGGUGUAGAGAGAGCUCUGAAUUCCCCCGUUAUCAUAAAAGCCAUUUCCGGUGCUUGUUCUGGUUCAGUGCAUUAACGUGCUCUGAAAGGUCACUUUUAGAGAAGGAAAAUAACAUCAUAUAACAAUAUAUAUCAAUAACAACAUAAUGUGAAAUUCAAUCAAUAGAAAUAUCCAUAUUAUGCUCAAGCUUUAUCUUGAUAUAUUCUGGGUUAUUGGGUGAUAUCUGUUUUGAUUGUACAUGACCUGCAAGCUUCUGUGAGGUCCCUGGAGUCUUGAGUUCAUCCCAGUGUCUUUGUCCUGACAAUAUGCCUGUCUCUCUCCUCAGAGAUACGCUGAGUUAGGAAUGUCGCCUCCUUCAGUCCAAGGCUUACUACAGAGGUGAGUAGCUUACCACUGAGAUACAAUAUCAUGUAUAUGUGGCAUAAUAUGUGAUUGAAUGUAAUACUAUGUGUAGUAACUAACUCUGAGAGAAAAGGAGGAGGAUUUUUAAUUGUUGUCACGUUUUCCUCAGAUGACUCUAGGCUACAUUGAUCCAUACAUUACAUCCAUACAUUAUCUAUGGUCUCAUAGCCCCAGUUCUUUAGUGGGGGGAUGUUGUCCCUUGCCGGUGUCCAUGCGGAGGCUAGGGAAUUGGGCCUCAAACAUGAUUUAGUCUGGAUCAUCUUUAUUUUAGUACCUUAAUGGAUCCAGUCUGUGUGAUGGUCUCUUAACUGCCCAAUAAAAGACAGACAUGGUGGCGAUUGCUUUGGUCGAUCUUCUUUUGGAUUAUUGAUUGGUUUACACACACGCACCUAUACUUAUAUGUAGAGACACGCGUGUGCAAGUCACAUACACAAACACACACACGACACACACACUGAAACUAUAACCGACACUUCUGUACAAUACAAUAGAAGCUAUGAUAUUGUGCUGUAGGAACAGUAUUUGAGAUGUGUGUGUAUUUCAGACAGGGCCUGGGCUCCAGCUACCCACCAGGUGACCCAGGACAUGUUGACCAGCUCCCCCCAGAGAGCCACUACUCCACCAGGGGUCUGUACACUGAAGACCUGCCCUCCUCUACCAGGCCACGUCCAGUAGGGGGCACCAUAGGUACACACACGUGCAUGCAUGCAUGCACGCACACACAAACACACACAAACACCCAGCUCAGCAUUCACUGGAUGUAUGCCAUUGUGUCUAAACCAGACCACUCCCCUCCCUCCCAUAAACCUGCCUGCCUCAAACAGCCUUGUCUCUGUUUAAUUAUUAAAGAGUCUGGUGUUGGCUGUUGGCACUGCUGUGAGAGUUACACUAAUAGAAAUGGACUGUUAUGGAGUGCUGCUGCUGCACAGACAGCAUUUCAACUGAAGGAUUUGCAUCAAAGCAUAUUAGAGGCUAUGGAGGAUUAAGUGUCAGAUAUGGCUGAGGGUUGAUGUGUUUUUGUGUUUUUGUGUGUGUGUGUGUGUGUGUGUGCGCGUGCGUGCAUGCGUCUGUUUGUAGGUGCCCAGCUCCAUCACCUGAACCAGGUGGAUCUUGGGAGCCGGAUCAAGGGGGGGUACCCGGCGGGGGGCAGGGCACCACCAGGUCAGACUGGAGGCUCAGGGUGGGGACCGUACUCUGACGAUGACUUCAGACCCACCAGAGACCCUGUGAGUCCUGCUCUGGCUUCACACAGCCUUAUGAGACUUACUGUACCUCCGCUUUUCAUCCCUUCCUCUUCAAGCUAUCCUCUCUAAAUCUCUAAAUAUAUAGUACAAUGGCAUGCUUGUGGUGUUCUAUGCUCUAUUGUUGCUGCAUAUCUGUUUGAGUACUGUAGUUCUAGAUGUUGGUUCACUCUAGCUCAGGGUUCUUCAAUUCCGGUCCUGGAGGGCCGAAACACUUCUGUUUUUUAUUUCUACCUGGUAGUUAAUUGCACUCACCUGGUUUCCCAGGUCUGAAUUAGCCCCUGAUUAGAAGGAGAGGAUGAAAAAUAGAGGUGUUUCGGCCCUCCAGGACCGGAAUUGAAGAACCCUGCUCUAGCUCUUCUACCUCCCAGCUGUCAAUCUGUACAUUAACUAUCCCUUGAUAUAUCGAUAAGUGUACUGAAAUAGACAAUAUAAAAACACACUUUCCUCUUUUCUCCUUAAAACUCCUUUCUCUUCUUCAUUCCCUCCUUCCCUGCUGGGCUACCCUGACUCCUCCUCCUCUAUGUUCCAGAUGCCUAGUAGGAGUGCACUAAGGGAGCCCUCUUCCCAGCUGGACAUCUACCCCCCCGAGGAGUCCUCCUCUCCCCCCAACCACUCCUCGGCCUCCCUCAUCAAGGCCAUCAGGGAGGAGCUGCUGCGCCUCUCCCAGAAACAGCAAGCCGUGCCCAGCUACCACAGCUGA